AGACCCUUCGCCGUCUCUCUCGGCAGGAGCUGUGAGGAAAGCGCAGUCCCACCUGGACCCGACGACGGCCACCUCCGACGGAAAGCGCGUCUUGCCGGGAGCUUGAAGCGGCUUCUCCUCCUCAGCCUUGCUUGGACCUCGCCGACGCCGCGCGCCCCUCUCGCCUUCCCUGGGGGUUGCUGGAGGGGAACCAGCUCAGCCAAGCAGAAGCAGCGGCGGAUGGUGCGCCUGGUUCGCUCGGCUUUCCUCGCCCGGAGGCUAACGUCUAGGAAAUAAGCGCUGGCGGCGGCUCCUUCCUCGAGCGCGGGAGACGUCCAUGGUUUGCUUGUUUGUUUCUCGAUCGCACGUCUGACCUGCGUGGGAGCCAAGGCGAAGCUCGGCAAUCCAAGACGGCAGGAACGGCGAGACCCCGGGAGUGAGUUGUUGGCGGAUCUGUGUCAAAGAGAGAGAGAGAGAACCAUCGUGGGAAUCCAACACUGGAGCUCUUUCAAAGUUUAAAGUCAAGCCAAGCCCUCUCUCCUCUCCACGUUGGGAAGACUCAGCAACCUGCUGAGGACCAGAAGAGAGAAAAGAGGAGAGGAGAUGAUUUCCUCCUCCUCCUCCUGUUCCUGCUGCUGCAAUAUCCGUCUGAUUUGUUCCUAACACGGUGUUUUUCUUUACCAGACUCCUGUGCCCUCGAUAAACACGCGCGCACCAGUUCCGUUGCCAUCUGCUUCCAGUUCUGCCUCAAGGCAGGGGGGGCCGAAUCCUGUAGCUCUCCGGCUCGCCAGCCAGGCCCCUUUCCUUCCGUGUCUGGUCUUCGGCUCCCCCUCCGUCGAGGCACUUGUUGCUGCUCGGUGGCUGAGGAGCAGAACACUUCCCGCUGGCCUCCUCCACGGCCACGCACGCACACACAGAGAGACACGCGCGCACACAAAGACGCUCUCCCUCUCGAGAAGGACUGUGCCUGCUCCGAGCUGAAUGCCAGUCCCGGCCCACCUCUGAGACCCACCGCGCCUGCCAGGGAGAGAGCGAGAGCGCGCGCCAUCGCCCAGCCGCCCAGCGCAGCUCCUUGCAGGACGGGAAGGGUCAUCCGAGGGCACCUGCGGGCCACCUAACCUGAUCUAUGAUCAGCUCGGUGUGUGUCUCCUCUUACCGCGGGCGCAAAUCCGGGAACAAGCCACCGUCCAAAACAUGCCUGAAGGAAGAGAUGGCCAAAGGCGAAGAGUCGGACAAGAUCACGAUCAACGUGGGGGGCACCCGGCAUGAGACGUACAAGAGCACCCUGCGCACCCUGCCAGGAACCCGCCUGGCCUGGCUGGCCGACCCGGACGCCCAGAGCAACUUCGACUUCGACGGGCAGAGCAAGGAGUUCUUCUUCGACCGCCACCCAGGCAUCUUCUCCUACGUGCUGAACUACUACCGGACGGGCAAGCUGCACUGCCCCGCCGACAUCUGCGGCCCCCUCUUCGAAGAGGAGCUCACCUACUGGGGCAUCGACGAGACCGACGUGGAGCCCUGCUGCUGGAUGACCUACCGGCAGCACCGCGAUGCCGAGGAAGCCUUGGAUAUCUUCGAGAGCCCGGAGCCCGGGGCUGGCGGGGCUGGCGAGGAGAACGAGGAGGAAGGAGCCCCGGAAAUGUCUCUGCAGCGCCUGGGCAUGGACGACAGGCCACCGGGGGCCACGGGAGCAGGAGGCUGUUGCCGCAGCUGGCAGCCCCGGAUGUGGGCACUCUUUGAGGAUCCCUAUUCAUCCCGGGCAGCCAGGGUGAGUUGAUGGGCAAUUGGUGGGGGCACCUAUGGGAGCGGGGGGGGGGAGGCUCCCCACACACUGGCCAGAUCCUCAUGGGCCCCCAAUCACUCAGUUACCCUUCCUGCGCCACCCCAUUGUUACGUCUUCUGUUUCUCUCCAGAGACAACAGUUGCUUCACAUUUCAUUUUUAAAAUUUGUUUCAAAAUGUUGUUACUAAAUUAUUUCUAUGAGUUACAUUCAGUUUGAGACAUUUUUGUUAUGGGCAGUAUGGGAUUUCAUCCACUCUUGAAGGCUUUUGAGUCGAGUUUCUUUCUUUUCUUUGUGAUGACCCUCCUGUUCAUUCGCUGCUAUUUUCUCUUCCUCUUUCCCUUCAUGCGACCUUCUCUCCUUGCUCUCCCUUGCUGGCACAAACAUGAGAGGGAAGCGUCUCGGUUCUUAUUUUCUCUCUCUGUGAGAGUUUCUUUUCUUUUUAUUCACACACAUAGAGAAGUAAAACAGCACCCCUGAAUUUGUAUGGAUGUGGCUUACCCCCACCCCAGACAAUGAUCAUCCCAAAACAACUCUCAGUAGGCCUUCAGAUUCCCAAAGCAGCCUUGGAGCAGUCUGCCCCAGCAUUACGCAUGCUGUCCCCUCUUCCACUCAUGGAAUUCAAGAUCUAAAAUAUUUUUAGGAAAGCCCAGUAAUAAUUACCUCUAUCACUGGGGAUCACAUAACAAAAACUACCAUAGAGAGAUCAAAAUUUUCAUAAGUUGUGGGUCCAUGACUUUUGAAAAUCAGGGGUCUGUAGUACUUAGCUGAUUAGGAACCACUGACCUACAUAUUUCCCUCCUAUGCUUCUUCCAGGUUCACCACUGGCUUACAUGUGUCCUUUCACACCUCUCUCUUGUGUCUAUGCUUACAUGCGUGUGCACAGAAAUUCAUGUCUUAAGUAGCCAAAGAAAGAAGCAGCUGUGGGUGGGAGUUUGCCCUUGACGACCCAAGGAGGGUACAUUGCCCCCAACUUUUCUUUCUAUUUAUUGUCCUCUUUGAUCCACUAUUCAAAAACAAGCCUGCCUUUUGUUUAAGGAAGCUGUGAUGCAACCCCCUGGUUUCACCCAUGAUAGCAGUAAAUUUAAUUUUCAUCUUUUAGAAUUCUAACUUGCAAGCAGAUUAGUGAUACCUGCCAUUCCUACCUGUUUGCAAGUUUCGGAACAAGAAAUACAGCCUGACGGGAAGCCACCUGCUACUUGCCUGCUUUUUCGCUUUGAGAGAUACUUUUUCAUGCCUACUGAUGGAGACACACCCACUUCAUUCCCAUUCAAACCCACACAAAUUAAUAGAGGCAAUCUCCACAUGCUUUUGCUUUUUAAUGUACGCAUAAAUCAAAUGCAUUAUUCACAUCCAGCCAUACGCUCUUGCUUUUAUACUCAAGAAGUAGGGGUUCAUAUCUCUGGUUCCUUAGUCACACCUAUCACGUAAAUGCUGGCACAUAUACUCUUAGCUUUCUCUGUCUCACAUGCAGAAGCAUUGCUGGCAUUUAGAGGUGUAAAAAAUGCAAGGGAACACUCUGAGCUCAGCCUAGAUCCUGGCAGAGUUCACAUUAAAAUGUGUGCGUUGGUGGGGGGUUGGACUCUCUAUAACCAUCAUAAGCAGCAAAUACUCUUUUGGCACCUUAAAGAUUAACAGGUUUUGGUGGGCAUAAACAUUCAUGGACUGGGGUCCACUUCAUCGGCUGCAUGAAACAUUAUCCUCCAUUGCAGGUAUGGUAUAGGUGUAUGCACAUACAUCCAACAUGUUUUCUUCCAGCCAAACAGCCAAAUCCCGAAACCAGACAUUCCAAAGAUGGCAUUACCGGUCCCUUCUGUAGUCUCAAAGGUCUUAGAUUUCCAAAGCUGCUCUCAAUUUAUGAGAGGGUCCAAAAUAGACUUGCUGAAAACAGCCUCCAGGGAUUUUCCCACACUGCCUUCGCCUGUCUCUCGUCUUCUCCUGGAAAAUGCUUUCCCCAGCCGUUGACCUCGGUGAUGCCUGAUGAUAUGAUUAUCAGAGCUAGAAAUGAAAAAACCUGCCCCAAUGUAGUGAUAAGUACAUCUGUCCGUACCUUCUCCCUGCAAACCAUUUAAGAAUAUGAUCAGCCCAGGUCAUUGCACGAAAAAAUCUCAGUACCUGUUUUGUUUUUGCGAAGGUUUCAGUUUCUUGGAGAAAGCAAAGCUUAAGGGGCUCUCACUGUCAAUGGCAGAUGGAGAACUGUCCUCUCCCAGGGACCAAGGCACAGGGCCAUAGAAGAAUGGCUUCGAAAAGCAUCUAAAUUAAAAGGGAGAGGAUAUGUAUUAAGAUUUGGCGGGCAUUAGCUAGAUGGCAUGACCUGGCAGACUCUGCUGUACUCUGGGGAAGCUGAGAGCAGUUGACCCAGGAAACUUCAUUUACCUCCAUCUCCAAACUUCCUUACAACUGUGAUAAGGAUCCUCAUAUGGUAUAAACAGGUGCUGUUCAACUCAUUUCAAGCUCUUGAUACUUCCAGCAAGAUUAUCUCAAUUUGUACCAGCUAAGUAUCCAGUACUGCUAAUGUUACAUACUAGUGUUGAGAAGGGUGUUUUAAAUGGUUCAUGAAAUAUGAAUGGUUUGUCUUAGAAAGUGCCCUUGCACUUCAUUUAGGUGGUGUAGAAAUAACCCCCCCUCCCCUUAAUGGAAUCCUGCUCUGAAAGAAACAAGUGUUGAUGCAUUAUUUGUCACAGAAACAAGAUCUCUGAUCUUUGUUGUCCACUAAGGCUUGACUUUCCAAAGACUGCCAUAGAUUCCAUCUUUUUCAUCAAUGGAAUAAAUUCUAGCUGGCCUUAACUGGCCUUAUUAACCCUUGUUCUUCAUUGGGUACAUGACAUUUUGAUUUGCUUUCUCAGGCCAGAAAAUGUUUUUAAUAAUAAUAAUAAUAAUUUUGUAUUUUUCUUGACUAAGGCAACAUAAGGGGAAAAGUAUAAAAGUGAUGUUACUCAGUCUCACUCCUUCAGUGUUCCUGCUCAAAAGAUGUUGCCUUUUGCAUGUAGUUGCAUGAAAACUGUUGAUUUAAAGCAGAGUCUGUCGUGCCCAACGGAAGGAUGAGGAAAAUGUGUUACAUACUCUAAAUUGCUUUAUUUACAGUUCAAAGCUGGUAUAUUACAGAAAGACAUCUUGCCUCUGCAGGAGCAGAAAAAUGCAUCCUCUCUCCUCGACAGCUUGGAGAGAAUCAAACAGAGAAAAACAGGAAACCAGUGUACGUCACAUCCAGUCUCCCUUUCCCGUGAGAAACUCCAACAGUACCUCUGACUGUGGAAUGCAAAACAAUGUCUUGUGACUGCAGUUGCUGCUCAGUGAGGGAAAUAGAAACCAACAUCCCCCCUUUCUGUGAACAUCACUGGGCAGCGUGUUUGCACAAUAUCAGUACAAACCCAACUUCUGCACAUAGGUACAGUGUUGAUCCCUCGAUACAAUCUUGGACAAUACAUCAGCAGGAAUUUCAUUACCUGGCAUAUAGGACACCGUUACGAGUCCCUUCUGAAUACAUUCCCUAGCAUGCUGCAACUUUAAUUGCAAGUGCUUUGUGCUUUGCUUACAACCUUCAGACUUCAGCAAAACCAAACAUGCUUUGUUGUCCUGGUAAACCUGGAUUGGACAUUUGACAGGAAUUUUCAUAUCUUUGCACAAUUGUACUAACCAUUCACAAUCCUUAAGUGAAUAAGACAGUGCAUUCAGUUCGGCUUCACAAGUACUUAAGCUAACUGUUGUUUGCUUCUUGCAUGACCAAUCAAACAGACUCUGAUUGUACAUGUAGCAAACUCCAGACGUACUUUUCCUGUCUGUAGCGUCACUUCCAAAACUUGCAUCUGCAAAUAUCUCAAGACCACCAGACUUCUGAUCGUCAAAUCUCAGUCUGUAAUGCAUAGUGCCUUUCAAAUAUCGCGCUAUGCGUUUCAGAGCUUUCCAAUCCUUGACACUAGGAUUGUUGACUUGUCUGCUUAGCAAAUUACAGCUAACAGCAAUGUCUGGUCUUGAACAUCUGGCAAUGAAGUUUAGCUUGCCUAGCACACUCCUGUACAGUGUAGUGUCAGAAAAUGCUUCUUCAGUGUCAUCUACCUGAUAACCUGUUGUCAUCGGUGUGUCUACAGGGUUAGCAUCCAUCAGAUUUAGUUUGCUUAACACAUCAGCAAUUUUCCGUGACUGGUGUACUAGAAUGUUACCAUCUUGAUCUCUUUCUAUUUCCAGAGAUAGGUAGUUGUUUACCUCACCAAGAUCUUUCAUGUCAAAGUGCUCUUUCAGUUGAGCUAGGGCGCUAUUGUACAUUGCAACAUCUUUCCAAAAGAAUAAUAAAUCAUCAACAUAAAACAAACAGUACAGUUUCUUUUGCCCCUCCUCUUUGACAAAUACACAUGGAUCAGCUUUCCCUUGCUGAAAACCUAGAGAAAACAAUACUUCAGUGAGUUUUGUGUGCCAACACCGUGCACUUUGUUUGAGACCAUAAAGGGAUUUCUUCAGAGCACAAACAAAUCCCUGUUUUACCUGUGCGCCAUCAGGUGGAAGCAUAUAAAGUGAUUCAUCUAGAGAUCCGUACAGAAAAGCUGUAUUAAUAUCAUGGUGACUAAUGUGUAGAUUUUCCUCUGCAGCUAGCUUGAGCAUAAGCCUAAUGCUUUCAUAUCUCACUGUGGGUGAAUAGGUCUCGUGAUAGUCUUGACCUGGUACCUGUGCAAAACCUCUGGCUACCAAUCUGGCUUUGUGUCUGACUAUCUUGCCAUUUUGAUCUGUCUUCGCUUUGAAGACCCAUUUGCUUCAAGCAGUUUCAUUCCUGGAACUACUGGAACUAGCUCCCAUGUUUUGUUCCUUUCUAAGGAAUCAAGCUCAGCCUUCAUGGCAUUUAACCAUGGCUCAGCUUCCUUCGAAUCCAAACCCUGGAUUUCUUGGAAACUUGAAGGUUCAAAUACCUUCUUGGAGCUUUUAACAGCUGUUACUGCUAUCUUAGCAAACUCAUCAGCAAAUCUCUUUGGAGGUUUGCCUUUUGUGGCUCUCUGUGACCUACGAAUUAGCCUUAAGUCUUCAACACUCUCCUCUUCCUUCUUAGGAGAAAAACGACCUAUUGUGAACAAUGGUUCCUCCAAUUCUUGAUCAGAGCUUUCAGAGGGUCGCAUAGAGGCUUUCGCACUCUUGAAAUCCUCUGAAUCACCUGAUUCAGUUUCAGAUUCAGACUCAGAACCUUCAUCAGUGGGUGUGGGCUGUUGUGGUUGCUUUUGACUAUCCUCAGUCUCAUCACCGUCAUCAGGAUAACAUUGGAAAAUUCCCACAUUCUCCCCCACUUUGCAUUGUACUCAACACUUCUCGUGAGCUUAAUUGUCUUAGAGUCAGUCAUCAUUAUUCUGUAAGACCCUUUCUGAUAACCUAGAAAGAUACCAUGCAAUCCACGCUUGUCUAACUUGGAGUUUUGUGGUGAGUGAACCCACAUGUCGGAACCAAAAAUCUUCAUGUGUUUGAUGUAUGGCUUCUUGCCAAACAUCUUCUCAUAGGGGGGACAUCCAAUCGCUGAAGAUAACCUGCGAUUGUAACUGUAAACAAAACACGAGAGAGAUUCGGCCCAAUAACUCUCUGGAAGAUUGGCAUCAUGCAGCAAGGUUUUUAAGCCUUGAAGCAAUGUCUGAUUUGCCCGUUCCGCAAGUCCAUUCUGCCAUGGCGAGCGAGGACUAGACAAAUCGUGUUGAAUUCCUUUCUCAGUCAGAAAAGCUUCAAACUGCUGAGAAGUGAAUUCCCCCCCGCGAUCACUGAAAAGAGUCUUUAUCUUCUUACAAUGCACAUUUUCCAACCAAGCACAGAAUUCCUUGAACUUAGGAAAAGCCUCCGAUUUCUGCUUGAGAUUGUACACAAAAAUAUAUCUAGAAAAUGCAUCAAUGAGAACCAUGAAGUAUCUAUUUCCACCCAAAGAGGGCGAUAGUGGUCCAACCAAAUCAGCAUGAACAACCUGGUAUGGUUCUGUAGCUUUCCUACUAGACACCUUACCUUUCGCAGCCAUUUUCACCUUGUUUGCUGCGCAUGCUUUGCACUUCAUGUGGUACCUGCAGGGUUUAAUAGUCAUACCUUCAACCAAGGCAGGCAUUUUAGAUACUGCCUCAAAAUGCAAAUGACCAAAUUUGCGAUGAAAAUCGUGAAUACAUUCUGCAUGCAAACUUUUGUUAGAACCUGCAAUGCAACAAGUGUCAUCCUGCACCACAUCAUCAUAAUACAAAACAAACAAAUGAUCAACAUAUUCUGCAUGCAAUACAUAAUCAUUUUUCUUUGUGAUGAUGCACUUCUUGUUCUUGAAGGAAACGUCAAUGUUCCGCUCAUUCAGCUGUCCAACGCUGAGCAGAUUAUGUUUGGCGUCUGGCACGUAAAGCACAUUCUGUAUCGAUAAGUCCAAACUGUGAAGAACAACAGUUCCGUAGCCUUUACUGGGAAUAGUGUGGUCAUCCGCCUGGUGAAUCGCACCUUCCUGCGGUGUAAAAGACACAAACAGUUUCUUAUCGUUGCACAUGUGGUGGGUGGCCGCUGAAUCAACAACGAAGAAAGAUCUAGACGUCUUCUGGACCUCUGCAACCUUUGGAGUGAAGCGUGAAACCAUAGCCUUGUGCUGCGUUGUCCUAGACACCGGACCUUUGCCUUUGCCUCGGCCUUUUCCGCGCGAUGAGCUUUCGCUGCGCUGCUCUGUCUUGGCCCUGGGAUGUCUGCAUUCCCUCUUCAUAUGGCCUAGACGUCCACACGAGUAGCAUUUGACUGCCUUCAAAGCUUUGGCGCCAUCUGGUGGUUCCACUGCACUAUGGGAUGACGUCUGUGAAGACUCUCCCUUGCCCAUGCAGCUAGCACCCCGGCGAUCUGCUUCAUUUAAAAUCACGGCAGUAACAAAGUCCACUGUCAGCUGAGCAGUUGGUUGCACAGCAAUCUGGGUUGCAACAGACUCCCAACCUGAACCCAAAGAUUGUAGUAUCAUGAAAGAAUACACAGCCUCUGGAAAGUUGAGUCCUCUCUGUUGCAGCUCAUGUCUCAGAUUUUGCAUCUCCAUUAGAUGUAAACGCACAUCUCCACCUUCAGCAAGAGCCAUAUUAUGCAGCUUGUUAAAAUAAAACAUAGUAGACCCAGCUUCUGUCCUUAAAUGAGCCUCUCUCAGAGCGUCCCAAAUUUCUCUGGCUGAGGUCUUAUCACGCAAUAGACAGAGCUCUUCUGGGGAUACUAUCAAUGUAAGAGUUCCCCUUGCUUUGGAAUCCUUAGCUUCCCAUGCAUCUGUAACUGGAACUGGGGGUUCCUGUAAUCACCUCAAACAAACCCUCUUUCCGCAGAAUUGCCUCUGCAUACUGAACCCAGUCGCUGUAAUUAUUCUUGUUGAGCUUAGGAAUCCCACAAGCAUCCUGAAGGGCCAUCAUGACUCUGGCAUUAGCCUUCAGCGUCAUAUCUAUGCUGCUUUAAAUCUUGCUGCGUCACUGCUGCAGCUGCCUCAUUACAAAGGCACACUUAAAAGUUACUUCGAGUUCCCCAGCAUAGUGACUUGUGCCUGGGAGCCUUUUUGCCUAUUCCCGGCAAAACCGGCUUUAAAAGUUCAAAGUCCAGCCAUAAAGCCAUUAACUUGAAGCUGGCAGGCUGCCCGGAGCAGUAGCACAUACCUCAUCAAUCACUUCUACGCGCAGAGCAGAUUCCUUUCCGAUCCGUCCCUCUGCAUUCCGAUCCUUUGCCGGCACUGCGAUUCGACCUCUGGAGUCCAUAACCACGUGUUGAUUUAAAGCAGAGUCUGUCGUGCCCAACGGAAGGAUGAGGAAAAUGUGUUACAUACUCUAAAUUGCUUUAUUUACAGUUCAAAGCUGGUAUAUUACAGAAAGACAUCUUGCCUCUGCAGGAGCAGAAAAAUGCAUCCUCUCUCCUCGACAGCUUGGAGAGAAUCAAACAGAGAAAACAGGAAACCAGUGUACGUCACAUCCAGUCUCCCUUUCCCGUGAGAAACUCCAACAGUACCUCUGACUGUGGAAUGCAAAACAAUGUCUUGUGACUGCAGUUGCUGCUCAGUGAGGGAAAUAGAAACCAACAAAAACGUGGGGAGCAAAGGACAGUCCUUUGUGGCCAAGUUGUUCAUUGUAAUCAAUAUUAUUCAUGCUUCCCUGGCAAGCAAGAAUGUCUGGGUUUUUCAAGCAGAUGGCAUUGGGAUCAGCCCAGACAGGCCCCAUUUCUGGCUGGACCCCAUUACUCUUAGCCUGCCCCCAAUCUCUCCCUUCUGCCACAAACCAACAUCAUAAGACAUCUUGGUCUAUAAGGUUGUGCUGUGAAGGGGAGGAGCCUGUGGCAUCAUUAUCAAAAGUGACAGUUUUAUUGGUGCUUUGGCUGGAGCUAAGAGUCCCUGCUGUGGCAUUGACUUCCGAAGGUUGGGUUUUGAGAGCUGUUUUUUUCCACACACCUAUGGAAGAUAUUUAUCAGAACACAAAGUGAGCAAUGAGGCACAGGGCAACGACAGAGUUCAUACUUCUUCUGGAAUUACACUAACUCUAGUUAGGAAGUCCCUCAGCACAACAGAAAUUGAUUCCUCCAUACAAAAUGCAGAGAAAGCGGCUUUGGCUGCAGGAAGCAGCUGACUUUGGAGUAACAGUAGGAAUUGGCGCGUUGUGCUGGGAAGGAGCCCUGUCCCCCUGCCGUGAUGAACAAAGGCAUGGCAUGCUAGAGACUCACACAAACAGCUGUAAUCAUGGACAUGAAACAUUGCAGCAGCCUGCUCAGCAGGAGAGAGCAGAGUUUAAAAGCCCCAAAUGAAAGCGGAUCUCCCACCUUAAUUUCUGCUGCUCACCGCCAGACAUAAUUUUGCUUCCUGACUCACUUGCAGACUGUGAAGAACAGUAAAGGCAGAGCUGUGCAGUGGGCAUAGCUCACCAGGAAUUCAUGCAGAGGUUCUUUGCUCACACUUUGCCUGCCACUAGAAGGCAAAUGUUUCAGCAGUAGCAGAGAUACUAGGAUCUGACAGUGUUGGCCAGUGUGAUAGUGUGGUAAUUGUGUCAGACUAGGCACAGACAAGGGGAGAUCUAGGGUCAAUCCCCGCUCAGCCAUGAAGUUCACUAGGUGGCCUCGAUCUAGUCAUGCUCUGUCAGCCUAAACUGUAUUGCAGACUUGUUGUGAGGAGAAACAUUGGGGUGUGUGGGUGUAUGUCCCUUAGGUUCCUUGGAGUAACAGAAGGGUGGGAAUGAGAUAAUAAAUAAAGCUGCUAGACUGCUUUUGUUGCAUUGCAUAUUGCAUAGGAGGAAGAGGAGGAGGAGGAGGAACAAUACCUGAAAAGGCCUGCCUCCACCAAAAUGACACUUCCACACCUGGAAUAUACCCCAGACCAAAGGGAGACAAUUGCAACAAUGUGGUGGUGGGGUUUUCUCUUCCUCUUCCUCUUCUUCUUUUCUCUGCACAGAGAAAUGUAACAGAAAAGGUAACAACGUGCUUAGUAAGAGUGGCAAUCAUGUUAGCUACUGUUGCUGUUCAAGUAGAUGGGGGGCAGCCCUAGAAACUACACUGAGGACUCAGCUAUACAGUGGUAAAUAAAAUCUUUUAAGUGUGUUAUAAAGUGCAAUAUACAAAUGUGACACUAGAUUGCGAUGGUGAGUUAUGGCAAAUUCAAUAUAUUUUUCAAUUUUUUUUAUAAAAGCAUUUUCACAGUGUUUUUUUAUAUGUGUGUAGAUUCCACCUGAGUGCAUAAAACCACCAAAAGAGGAAACGAGCAUGCCAGCAAUGCAUAUACAAGCCACAGGAAGAGGCUUCAAUGACUCUUUGUGUAAUCAAGAAAGUGCAUGAUCUAGAAAACAGGAACAAGCACACUGCAUAUGUGAAAUUAAGGUGUUUCCUCACUCCUGUAAUGUGCAUCACUUUACACUUGCUUACAUUGAAUUGUAUUUCCAAUUUUACUACUCAUUCACCCAGUUUGGAGAGAUCCUAUUGGAGCUCUUCACAAUCUUGGUUUGCUUUGUUUUAACCACCCUAAACAAUUUGGUAUUGUCAACAGGUUUCCUCACUGCUCCUGAACUCUAGGUCAUCUAUGGACAAGUUUAAAAGCACAGGUUCCAAAGGUGAUGCUUGGGAGCCUCUGCUUUCUACAUCCCUCCAUUAAGAGAAGGGUCUGUUUAUCCAUACUCUCUGCUUCAUGUUUCUUAACCAGUUACUGAUCCUCUCUUAUUCCACCACUGUUAAGCUCAGGAUUCUGUGGUGAGAUGAGGUACUUUGUCAAAAGCUUUCUGAGAGUCUAAGUACACAGUGUCCACUAGAUCACUUCUAUCUCUAUGCCUGUUGACAUUAUUGAAGAACGCUGAUAGGUUAUUAAGGCAGGACUUUCUCUUGUGGAAGCCAUGCUGGUUCGACUUCAGCAAGGGUAGUUCUUCUGUAUGGUUGGUAAUUUUGUAGAACAAUGUUUUCUACCAGUUUCCCCAGAUGUUGAGAGAACCAAUCUGAAUACCAUAUGAAAAAUGGAUGUUACAUUGGUCAUAGAAUCAUAGAAUCAUAGAGUUGGAAGAGACCACAAGGGCCAUCAAGUCCAACCCCCUGCCAAGCAGGAAACACCAUCAGAGCACUCCUGACAUAUGGUUGUCAAGCCUCUGCUUAAAGACCUCCAAAGAAGGAGACUCCACCACACUCCUUGGCAGCAAAUUCCACUGUCGAACAGCUCUUACUGUCAGGAAGUUCUUCCUAAUGUUUAGGUGGAAUCUUCUUUCUUGUAGUUUGGAUCCAUUGCUCCGUGUCUGCUUCUCUGGAGCAGCAGAAAACAACCUUUCUCCCUCCUCUCUGUGACAUCCUUUUAUAUAUUUGAACAUGGCUAUCAUAUCACCCCUUAACCUCCUCUUCUCCAGGCUAAACAUGCCCAGCUCCCUUAGCCGUUCCUCAUAAGGCAUCGUUUCCAGGCCUUUGACCAUUUUGGUUGCCCUCCUCUGGACACGUUCCAGUUUGUCAGUGUCCUUCUUGAACUGUGGUGCCCAGAACUGGACACAGUACUCCAGGUGAGGUCUGACCAGAGCAGAAUACAGUGGCACCAUUACUUCCCUUGGUCUAGAUGCUAUACUCCUAUUGAUGCAGCCCAGAACUGCAUUGGCUUUUUUAGCUGCCGCAUCACACUGUUGGCUCAUGUCAAGUUUGUGGUCAACCAAGACUCCUAGAUCCUUUUCACAUGUACUGCUCUCAAGCCAGGCGUCACUCAUCUUGUAUUUGUGCCUCUCAUUUUUUUUGCCCAAGUGCAAUACUUUACAUUUCUCCCUGUUAAAAUUCAUCUUGUUUGUUUUGGCCCAGUUCUCUAGUCUGUCAAGGUCGUUUUGAAGUGUGAUCCUGUCCUCUGGGGUGUUAGCCACCCCUCCCAGUUUGGUGUCAUCUGCAAAUUUGAUCAGGAUGUCCUUGAUUCCAUCAUCCAAGUCGUUGAUAAAGAUGUUGAAUAAGACCGGGCCCAAGACAGAACCCUGUGGCACCCCACUAGUCACUCUUCUCCAGGAUGAAGAGGAACCAUUGAUGAGCACCCUUUGGGUUCGGUCAGUCAGCCAGUUACAAAUCCACUGAGUGGUAGCAUAGUCAAGACCGCAUUUUACCAGCUUCUUUACAAGAAUAUCAUGGGGCACCUUGUCAAAUGCCUUGCUGAAAUCAAGGUAGGCUACAUCCACUGCGUUCCCUUCAUCUACCAGGCUUGUAAUUCUGUCAAAAAACGAGAUCAGGUUAGUCUGACAUGACUUAUUUUUCAGAAAUCCAUGCUGACUAUUGGUGAUCACAGCAUUCCUUUCUAGGUGCUCACAGACUGUUUGCUUAAUGAUCUGCUCCAGAAUCUUCCCUGGUAUUGAUGUCAGACUGACUGGGCGGUAAUUAUUUGGGUCCUCUCUUUUCCCCUUUUUGAAAAUAGGGACAACAUUUGCCCUCCUCCAGUCUGCCGGGACUUCGCCUGUUCUCCAGGAAUUCUCAAAGAUGACUGCCAGUGGUUCUGAGAUCACAUCUGCCAGUUCUUUUAAUACUCUUGGAUGCAGUUCAUCUGGCCCUGGAGACUUGAAUACAUCUAAACUAGCCAAGUAUUCUUCUACUAUCUCCUUAGUUAUUCUGGGCUGUGUUUCCUUUGCUGAAUCAUUUGCUCCAAAUUCUUCAGGUCGGGCAUUGUUUUCUUUAUCGGAGAAGACUAAGGCAAAGAAGGCAUUGAGGAGUUCAGCCCUUUCUGAUUUGCCUAUCAUUUAAAAGGGGCAACUUUUUAUUGUAGGCAAUUAUCUCCUAAUUCUGUCUGACUGCAGUUGGGGUUGCUUUGUGUAUGGGAUUGUUCCUUGGAGCCAGGUGCUAAUAUGUAGCUGAGCGCUGCUGCUUGAACUCUUGCUGGGUUGUGAUUUAAUAAAUAUAAAUAAAUACAAGCGGUGCAGUUAAGUGACGUAUAGCUUGUUCAUUUUUGUCAGCAGUUACGCGGAGCAAUUGAUAAUAGUAAUUCCUACUCAUAGCUAUAAAUCCAUUGGCUAUUAAUUGAGAUACUAUCGAUUAAUAAUUAAUUCAUCAACCGUGCUCCGAACUUUAUUGAUGCACAAUAAUUGUAUACUAACAUUUAAUUACAGUCAAGUUAUUAAUUGAUUGGUGAUAUUAAUACUAAUUAAAAAUAACAACAACAAUAAUAAAAUAAAUAAAUAAUAACAAUAACAAUAAUAAUAAAUAAUUAUAAUUAUAAAUAAUAAUAAUAAUAAUAAUAAUAAUAAUAAUAAUAAUAACUACCGUAUUUUUCGCUCCAUAGGACGCACUUUUUCCCCUCCCAACAUGAAGGGGAAAUGUGUGUGCGUCCUAUGGAGCGAAUGCAGGCUUCGCUGAAGCCUGGAGAGCGAGAGGCAUCGGUGCGCACCGACCCCUCUCGCUCUCCAGGCUUCAGGAGCUAUCCGCAAGCCUUGCAAGCCCGGUGGGAGUUCCCGCGGGCUCACAGGGCUUGCAGGCAGCAGCCUGCAGCCCCGGCGAGUGUCCGCAAGCCUUGCGCGCCCGGCAGGAGGUCCCGCCGGCGCGCGAGGCUUGGGGCAGCAGCCUGUCGCCCGAAGCACGGGAGCCCUCCGGAGGGCUCCCCGUGCGUCGGGCGAGUGUCCGCAAGCCUGGCGCGCCCGGCAGGAGGUCCCGCCUAGCCCGCGAGGCUUGGGGCCGCAGCCUGUCGCCCGAAGCACGGGGAGCCCUCCGGAGGGCUCCCCGUGCUUCGGGCGAGUGUCCGCAGCCUUGCGCGCCCGGCAGGAGGUCCCGCCCGGCGCGCAAGGCUUGGGGCUGCAGCUUGUCGCCCGAAGCACGGGAGCCCUCCGGAGGGCUCCCGUGCUCGGGCGAGUGUCUGCAGCCUUGCGCGCCCGGCAGGAGGUCCCGCCCGGCGCGCAAGGCUUGGGGCUGCAGCUGUCGCCCGAGCACGGGGAGCCCUCCGGAGGGCUCCCGUGCUUCGGGCGAGUGUCUGCAAGCCUUGCGCGCCCGGCAGGUGGUCCCGCCCGGCGCGCAAGGCUCGGGGCUGCAGCUUGUCGCCAAGCACGGGAGCCCUCCGGAGGGCUCCCCGUGCUUCGGGCGAGUGUCUGCAAGCCUUGCGCGCCCGGCAGGAGGUCCCGCCCGGCGCGCAAGGCUUGGGGCUGCAGCUUGUCGCCCGAAGCACGGGAGCCCUCCGGAGGGCUCCCUGCUUCGGGCGAGUGUCUGCAAGCCUUGCGCGCCCGGCAGGAGGUCCCGCCCGGCGCGCAAGGCUUGGGCUGCAGCAUGUCGCCCGAAGCACGGGAGCCCUCCGGAGGGCUCCCCGUGCUCGGGCGAGUGUCUGCAAGCCUUGCGCGCCCGGCAGGAGGUCCGCCGGCGCGCAAGGCUUGGGGCGGCAGCCGCGGGGGGAAUAAUUUUUUAUUCAUUUCCCCCCCCAAAAAACAAGGUGCGUCCUAUGGACCGGUGCGUCCUAUAGAACGAAAAAUACGGUAAUAAUAUUAAAAAUAUAAAUAAAUAAAUAAAUAUUAAAAUUAAAAUAAAAUAAAAUAAUUAGUGAUGAAAUAAAUAGUAGGCGCAUUUUACUAGUGCACAGAGCAGCUCCUGGUUAUUCUGGGCUGUGUUUCCUUUGCUGAAUCAUUUGCUCCAAAUUCUUCAGGUCGGGCAUUGUUUUCUUUAUCGGAGAAGACUAAGGCAAAGAAGGCAUUGAGGAGUUCAGCCCUUUCUGUGUCCCCUGUUUGCAUUUCACCAUCUUCUCCUCUGAGUGACCCCACUGUUUCUUUGUUCUUCCUUUUGCUACGAACAUACCCAUAAAAGCCUUUUUUGUUGCUUUUAACCUCUCUGGCAAGCCUGAGUUCAUUCUGUGCUUUAGCUUUUCUGACUUUCCAGUUCGCAGGUGUGGAGACUGAUCUUAGGGGCACGUUAUGUGUUUUUGUUAUAAAGUCAGCAGUUUCACAUUUGAGUUCUUUAAGAACUCUCAAGUGAUGGCUACCUGGAUGCAAUGAUUUGUCAGCUUUUAUUUUGACAAAAGGACAUUGAACGUCAUCUCUUGACGUCACUAUUUGCCUCAGUUUCUCAGACUCCCUUGCUGUGAAAGUUAGGCACAGGGAUGUGCCUUAUAAGUGAAGACAAAUGCAAAGAAUUAAUUCAGCUUACUUCAUAAAGUUCACUAAGGAUAGUGGUCGAUCCACCAUUCUGAACAGAUGGGAAUCAACUUUACCCCAAGUGUCUAAGUGGAGAUGGCUAAUUUAAUGGAGUUGUGCUUAGAGACUGGGGCAAUUGUUCCACAACCCCAUGGAGUAUUAUGAAAUCAAUAUUUGCCUUCAUAUCACAGGGCUGAUGAGUCUCCUCUUGAGCUAAAAUCAAUGAUCCAAUGCAAGGACUAGAUGUUAACUGAGGCCAAGCAGUAAAACUGAAAAGCUCUGCAAGGCUCAUCAUCAACUUGGUAAAAUUGUUAGGUGCACUGAUUUGUUUAAUAAAGUAUCAAAUUAUUCUGAGAGAAAUGGUGUACGUGUGUGUGUGUGCAUGUGUGCUUGUGCUUAUUUCACAUUUGUUCCAGUUAUUCAUUUUCUGAAACACCUUGCAUACUAUGGAGCUUCAGCCAAGAGUAUGAAUUCUUCAUUAGUAUGUAGAAUGGAAAGGCCAUCAGCUUUGGAGGCAGGGUGUCAAAGCAGGGUGAACUAUUGUUAUUUUUUAAUUGCUUUAGAAUUUAGAUAUGCUUUUAUUUUUAUUCUACGUUUCCGUUACCUUGUGAAUAGCAGAAACUUAUGCAUGUAUAUUCAGUAGCAAGUCCCACUGAAACCUCUCAAGUAACUCUGUAAUUCUAUACACACUUAGCUGAGAGGAUGAGGAAUAUUUGUGGACAGAUAUACAUAGGACCUCUCUAUUACAUUUCAGUGGAAAUUACUCUCAGGUACGUAUGGCUGCAGCCUUAAUGCCAGCUACACACACACACACACACACCACUAGCCUACUUUAAAAUGAAAUCUGAGUUUAAUGCAAAUAAAUACGUUAAAUAUUUACAUUAAUAAUCUCAGAAAAAUUCAAUUGAUAACUUUCUGUGAAACACAUUGAAUUAAAGGUCGAAUAAGCAGGACAGGAGCGCAACAGAACUUUCUGAUUUGGGAUUCUCAGCAACUGGCAUUCAGAGACAUAUUGUCUCUGACACUGGAGCUAGUACUUAGCCAACAUGACUAAUAGCCAUUGAUAGCCUUUUCAUGGAUUUGUCUAAUCCACUUUUAAAGCCAACUGAGUAGAUGGCCAACUCAUCUGGCAUUUAUUCCUAUACCAUGGAGGAAAACUGAUUUGCCCAAUAACCAUCAGCCCUUGCUUCUGGAAAGUUUACAGUUUCAAAGGCAGUUUGCCAAGUGAUGGGGAAAGUUGCGUUGUUUGGGGCAAAGAAACUUAAAACUCCUCUGUGCUCUCUGAACUAGUUUUACUCAGGAUCCUAGCCUUAGCCUUCAAGCAAAUCAUCUGGCUUAGUCUGCUCUCAUGUGGACAGGAAAAGCCAAGCUAAAAUCUGUGAAUUUCACAACAGAUCCCCUUGUAUCUAAAUUGUAGGUACUGUAUAUAUUCUGUAGUACAUGUAGCCUCACAGUUUAGGGUUUUGGAUUAUACUCCUAGGUAGUAUGAAUCAUUUAUUUAAUUGCAAACCAAUGCUUUAAUUAAUAUCGCAUCAAAAUGAACUAUCAAACUUACUACUUCUUCAUCAAAGCUACCAGACCUUUGCUCCAAGGUCCUCAUCAACCUCAUGACCUCAUCAACCAAAGCACAGAAAUAGCCUUCUUAUGUUCAUAUGGGUUUUAAUCCAUGCAUUGGUUGGCAAACUAAUGUGCAGGGGGGAAACAAACAAUGAGGUUGGAACACAAACAAACACAAGUAGUCCCAACAGGGUAAUUGAGCUCUUCCUGUUUAUUGUUAGUAUCAGUGGCGUGUGAGACUGGCUGGCCUUUGGGAUACAGGAGAAACCAAAACUGCUGAUGAGUUUCAUUGCCAUCAGAGGCAUGGAAAUUUCAUGCUGCCCAACAAUUUGGUCCAAAAAGGACAUCAUAAAGCAAUGAGGAAGUUGAGUAUGGCAUGUUCCGUCCUCGCCUAAUCUUGGCACAUACUUAUUAGUAUUAUUUCUUUAAGGUUAGCAUAGUAUUGAAGGUAAAGGAAAGGAGACAGACUGCCUGCAAGCUCAUAAUUUUGAGGUAUGAACACUCACUGUUUCCACAGUCUCCUCCCUCCAACUUCUUUGACUGAUCAAUCUCACUGAGUUGGUGGCUGGAACUGAAAACUAAGAUUCAUUCAUGAAGGAAAGGAUCCAUUCAAAAAAGACUCCUUCUCUCCUCAAAGAGCACGGCCACAUCAAGUGGGUAGAGAAAAACUCCAAGCUUGUUAUUUGAUCAUGACUAUGCCUCUGCCUAGGUUCAAGUCAAGCAUACAUCUUCAUUCUGUAUCUUCUUUGUAGCAAUUAAUAAGUGCACCGGAGAAAGAUAGAGAUGUUGUUUUCUACAUAUAUAUUUUUUCUUCUCCCAUGGCCUGUUCAUUUUAAUCACUGAGCUUAUUUUCUCAUCCUCCUGCAGAUAAUUGCUUUUGCCUCACUUUUUUUCAUUCUGGCGUCCAUAACAACCUUUUGCCUGGAGACGCACGAAGCCUUCAUCAUAGAUGUUAACGUGACUGAAACGCUGGUGACGGGCAACACAACCGAGACCUUUGUGAUGCGAAAGCUGGAGACGGAACCCAUCCUCACCUAUGUUGAGGGAGUCUGUGUCCUGUGGUUCACUCUGGAGUUCCUAGUGCGCAUUGUUUGCUGCCCAGAUAAAUUGGUCUUCAUCAAGAACCUUCUUAACAUCAUAGACUUUGUAGCCAUCUUGCCCUUCUAUUUGGAGGUGGGACUCAGCGGCCUAUCAUCCAAAGCUGCACGGGAUGUGCUGGGCUUCCUGAGGGUAGUACGUUUUGUUCGGAUCCUGCGGAUCUUCAAGUUGACACGCCAUUUUGUGGGGCUUCGGGUACUGGGCCAUACACUUCGGGCCAGUACCAAUGAGUUCCUCCUCCUUAUCAUCUUCUUGGCUCUGGGGGUUUUGAUCUUUGCCACCAUGAUUUACUACGCUGAAAGGAUUGGAGCCAAGCCAUCUGAUCCGAGUGGAAGUGAGCACACCCACUUUAAGAAUAUUCCCAUUGGAUUCUGGUGGGCAGUGGUGACCAUGACCACAUUGGGCUAUGGCGACAUGUACCCCAAAACCUGGUCGGGCAUGCUGGUGGGGGCUCUUUGUGCACUGGCAGGGGUGCUUACCAUUGCCAUGCCUGUCCCAGUUAUUGUCAACAAUUUUGGAAUGUAUUAUUCAUUGGCGAUGGCCAAGCAGAAGCUGCCAAAGAAGAAGAAGAAGCACAUACCUCGCCCAGCGCCACUUGACUCACCAACAUACUGCAAGUCAGAAGGCAACUCGCCCCGCAACAGCAUUCAGAGUUACAACAGCCCUCCGGCAGCUGCAACGGCAGGGGUGAUGGAGAGAAAAAGAUCAGGUGAGGUGCAAGAUCUUGGGCUGAACUAAAGCCAGAGAGAGAAAAAUUGGUGGUAGGAGACUGGGAGCAGCUAAACACCUUGCAGAGACUAAACAGGCAGAUUCUCCAUCAUGUAUGUUCCUCCAUUAGGCCGCUCAUCUCAUUAUGCUGAAUUCAUAGUUAAAACAGAGGUUGGCUUUGAACAAUUCUCUCAGCACGUCCCUCUAUUAGAUGUUCCCUUUUGUGUUUAUGGAUCAGGGUAAUUGGAUAUGUUUAGCCAAAGCUUCUGACUUGGUCAACAUGUCGGCAUGGUCUCAUUGUACCAGCUAGAUCUUGAGCCAAAUUCUCUACUUUGAUGUAAAUGAGAAGUAGCUUUAUUCAAUGAAUGACUUUGUUCUCAAUAUCUAAUGGCUCCAUGUAGCGUCAAAAUUAGCAAGUGUUUGCUGUGGGGGACAGAGAUGCAUUAUGAUCAAUGAUCAAAGACAUUAUGAUACAUUUUUACCAAUGGCCUGCUUCCACUAUUUAUUUAAUAAAUUUAUUUUAUUAAUUAGUUAAAUUUCUAUACUGCCCUUCAUCUAAGGAUCAGAGGGCGGUUUACAAUAUAAAAAACCAAAAAUAUGUAACAUAGUAACAAACAAAAACAAUAACCCUGCCCCCGUAGUUUAAAAGGCCAUAGAUUAUUUAAUUAGCUGAAGGCCUGAGAGAAGAUAUGCAUCAAAGGCGCCAGGUGAGCCUCCCUUGGAGGAGCACUCCACAAACAGGGAGCCACCACAGAAAAGGCCCAUUCUCAAUUGGAGGAGACACAUGAAGAAGGGCUAAUCUUCCAAGUGUCAAAUCACCAACAGAGAUCCCUGAACUGCUGAAGAGAGUGAAUCCUCAGCAAAACUACUCUCAUAUCUCAGUGUCCAAAGCCACUCAUUAUCAUGUGAAACACAAGGAAAAAAUACCUUACAUAGAUCACUGCAAGGGGCAGCGUUGGCAUUCCUCUCUCAGGGGAGUUGCGCAAGCUUCUCCUUUGGACAUUACAUCAAGGAUGUUCUCCUUUUUGAACCUGUGGGGACCCUGAUCUGGAUCAUGUCCUGAUGGCAGGGGCAGAGGGGGGAGCUAAGCUGUUCCCUUUAUGCUAUUUUCCAAUGGAAAAUCACCCCCUCCCAGCUGCUAUUUGUCCCCCAAAGCUGCUAUUUGCUGCUGUUAAUAGUGCAGAAAGAUUCCACAGGGAAACAGUGGGGGGGGGAGGCAUAACAAUCCCCUGUUCAUGGUACUUCCCACAACUGCUUUGAACCAUGGGAUUCAAAUAGGUUAAGAAGUUUGCGCAGUUUGACCAUGUAAAAGCAAAAGAAGAUGCAUGGUCUCUUGCCCAUCAACUUCCAAUAUCGUGAUCCAUUUGACCUUUUCUGCAGCAACAAGUAUUGAUAAUGGGUGCUCUUCAGCACCCCAGAGUCAGCCAAGAAGCCCUUGAUAUGUGUCAUGCGUGUGGGAAGCUUGUGAACAUGACAGGCAGGUGAUUUGUUUCUGAUUGUUGCAGUGCUUUCCCCUUUCAGCAGCUGGCACUUGUUGUUAAGCGAGGCACAGUUGCUGCCCAGGGCUGUGGCUCUCUAAGGGAUUCCUCUUGCAGGCUCCUGUCUAGCAGUCGGAAGUGCUCUGGGACCUCUGUGACAAUCCUAAGUGUACAGCACCACUUAAAGGGGAUGAGAGAAAGAGAGCUUGAGAGAGAGAGAGCUUGAGAGAGGGAGAGGGAGAGAGAGAGCUUUAUUGUCCUUUGCCACAACAGAGGCAAGAAUUUGCAUGCAAGAGCCUUCCAGUAAAUGAAUCCUAGAGAAACUGAGGUGGACAUGUGCCCAUGCAUGAAUGGAACUCAGAAGAGCAUUGAUAACAGUAGAACUGGAGCAUCUUACACCCGCUGAGGAUCUGCCUUGAAUGGAUUCUCUCUAGAUUUAGUAAUAACAAAGGGCUUUCAGACACGGGUCUCAGGAGGAUGUCCUUGGCUCACCCUCCACAUCACUGCUAGCAGGAAGCCAGCCUUUCAAUUUUGUUCUUAAGAUUUCCCACCUUGUUAGUGGCCAGAUAAUGCUUUUAGGCUGGCCUGUCAAAGAGGCUCAAUGGCAGGCUGAUUGGAGCCAUUCUCAAUUGCCAGUCUUGCCACCCGGAUGAAGGAAGCUGUCCGGAUAUGCAAGCUCUGUUAUUGGCAGAAAGUUGGACCAGGUAUGACAUAACUGGCACUAACUGGCCUUCUUGAGGAAUCCAAGAAUGUCAGAGCAUGGUAGUUGAGCAGCUCACAUGGUUCCUUCAGACUGUGGCAUUGGUAUGAGGUAAUGAGUAGCACACCUGUCUAUGAACUGGAACAGGGCUGUAGGGACGGAAUGUAAUCAGAGGCAUCUCAUACGAGGCUUAUCAAGUACCUGAUACAGUAAGCUGCUUGCAGGAGACUCCAGUUUCUGUAGAAACCAUAGAGCCAUUGCCAUAGCAGUAACAUUUGCUAUAUUGGCAGGCAGUUUCUGCAAGUGCUCUCUCUUUCUGCAGACUUAUGGGGAGGAAUUUAAUGUAGCACUCAGCAGAUUGCUCCAUCAGUGCAAGCAUUUAUAAUUGCCUAAUGGAACCAUCUGCCCUCUCCUCUCCUUGUGCCCUAUUCUGGGGGUUCUAAACCCACAAACCAAUUGGGGAUGUGGGGCAUGUGAGGGCAGAGAAGGGUGGUGGGGGAGAUGCCCCAUUGUGCUAGUGGAAGCCAUUGCAUUAUAGAGUCAAAUCUUCCAUAUGCAUUACAUUUUCUAUAGCAUACAGUAUUUGAUAACAGUAUUGGGGAGCAUUUGGUAUGGUAUGUUUUGCAAUGGCAAAAGAGCUGAAUGCAGACCACCACUAACCCCAAAUCUGAAAGACAAGAAUUUGAUCCUAGAUUGUAUUGGAAGCAUCCCAGGAUCAUGGCCGGACCAUCAGAUGGUAUAAACUUGAAGGGAGAUGGCAGGAGAAGAACGACUGCCUUGUCUCCCACAGCACUGAGGGACUUAAAGUACAUGACUGAGUUGCAACUUGGUAGGUCUAACCUGUGCUGCCCAUGUAGUCUCCACACUAUGGCUGCUGCUUUAGCAUCAAGAGAGCAUUACCCUUCCCCACUCCCCUCCAUACUGUGCAGCUGCCAGGUAUGCCUCAUCUUCUCCAAGGACCUUUGCCGUUGCGCUAAUGUCCAGUUUGCAUCUUCUCAGAGGCAUCCUGUCAGCCACUGUGAGAACAGGAUGCUGAACUAGAUGGACCACUGGCCUGAUCUAGCAGUCUCACCUUAUGUCUACCUGCUUGCACAACAAAAACCUGCUUUUGUAAUGGGACUUGUGGCUUCUCUUCUACCCCUACAGACCCUUGCACAUACCCCCAAAUCUGCACCAGAGCCCCCCACCUUGAGCAGAUUUUGUGGGAACCUGGGAGAGAAGUGCAGGGGACAAAAGGAAGGAGAAGCCCUGCUGCAAGCAUGGAUGUGCUGAUUAUGCUAUGUUGGCUCUCUCAGUAGCACAUGCCUAACAUUUUCCAGCAAAGUGAAGAUUUACUUCAGAUUCACUGCCUCUACAGAACUCCUCAGUUUGCAGGGUGGGCAGUGAAAGAAGAGCUGAGGGACAAAAGCCUCCCCACCCCAAUUUAUUGCAUUUAUAUCCCACAUUUUUCUCCAAGGAGCUUGAGGUGGUGUACAUAGUUCUCCCUCAGUUAAAUCCCACAGCAAUGCUGUGAGAUAGGUUGUGAGGCAGUGACUGGCCCAAGGUCACCCAGUCAGCUUUAUGGCUGAAUGGGGAUUUGAACCCUAGUCUCCCAGCUCCUAGUCCGACACUAACCACUAGGCAUGCCCGCCCAUUGCUUCACACACUGUGGGGAGCGAACUCUCACUGAGCCUGCCAGAAGGUUUUCCAGAACCUUCUGUGUUUUUUGCUUCUUUGCCAAGCAGCUACAGAUUCAGUCUCCUCCCCCCGAAACACUUACCUCUUUGCCUAUUCUUUCUCCUUUCCAAGAUACCAAGCAGAACGGCGAUGCCAACGUGGUGCUGUCAGACGAGGAGCAGCCUCUUUCGCCGCCUCACGAGGAGAACCAGCCCAUGAGGCGCUCCAGUACCAGGGACAAAAACAAGAAAGCAGCUACCUGCUUUCUUCUGAGUGCUGGAGAUUUCUCUUCCACUGCUGAUGGUGGCAUCCGGAAAGGUAUGAAGGAGACCUAGAGGCAAGCACCGGUGGAUGGAGGGGAGGUUGUGGACGAAAGAAACAUGAGGCAGGAAUCCCAGCUGGGCGGCUUUGCAGUCUUUGUCACAGCUGAAAAGGGAAGAAAAUACUGCUUUUUAAAGCCCACAGCCCUUCAUGCUCUUUUCCUGCCUGUGAUAGAGUUGCCAGGUUGGGACCUAGAGGACAUUUAUAUAAGUCUCCCAGUGAAGCAGUAAACAAAGGUCGCAUCCACCCCAUGUAUUUAACCACUUUAGCAGUCACAGCGUACCUCCAAAAGCACCCUGGGACCUGUAAUUUGCUAAGUGUGCUGGGAAUUGUAGCUUUGUGAGGGGUCUCCUCUCAGCACCCUUCAUGAACUGCAGUUCCCAGGAUGUCUUGGGGGGGAGGCACAUCUGUUAAAAUGUCCUAAGAGUGCUUCAGAAAAUGGCAUGGAUGUGACCAGGGCAGCCGUGACAUCUCCUUCCCUCUACCUUCUUGGUCCUGUCAACAACCCUCCUCUGACAUCUGCUGUGGCAAGCAAGACUCCAGGUAUGGUUGGGAAGAGGAUGGAGGGCAAGAUCAGGGAGGUAAUGCAUGAGAGAAGCUGUAGCUGCCUUGCCCCUCAUGGCAACAAGAGAUUUCAAGGCAUAUGAACACUCGGGCUGCGGCUCCCUUUGCCCACAAGAAGCAAUACUCUCCUCUUACAUUCAUGUAGCUCAUCAGAACUAUCUUUAACCAAAGCCACACCUGGUUUGUGCUUCUGUUCCAUCUCCAACCAUUUAGGCUAUGUAACUCAUGUCUUUGGAGCAGAUUUGUCAAGGUGUUCAGGUUGGGUUUCAUAACCUUCCAUCCCACCACCUCCUUUCUUUCAAUUUUCAUCAGACUUUGAGCGUGGCUGUAUUUGAUUUUACUCUUCUUCAUUUCUUCAUCCAUCUGCCCCACCAUAUGUCUACACCAGAGCCCCUCUAGAGAUGGUCCUUCACAGUUUCUUUCCUCAUGGUUUGUUGCCCCUUGUUCUUCCUUGAUGUCGCUUUAACUACUCUUUGUGCAAUGCUUGCCUCUGUGUGCUUCCUCCUCUUUGACCGUAGGCUGUUAUUUUGGUUAAUAGCUAUUUUACAUGCGGAAAAGGCCCAAAUAACACCUAUGUACUCUUACAUUUGCAUUGAAGUGUGAAAAAAUAUCAGGUUGCACACAGCCUCCAUCUCUGAGGGAAUAUAGAAACCGUUGGAGCUGUAUAAUGUCAUGAAAAACAAACAAAUAAAAUGAGGUGUCUGCUUGUAGGGCAGAGUACGUGGAUGCAUAGGUAGAAAGAAGAGAAACAGUGAAAAUGGAGGAGAAAUGAGACAAUAGGGUGAGGACAUUGAGAGCGAGAGAUACAUACCCACAAAUAUAGGCAAUAGUUCUGGAAAGUGAGUAGCUGCUUAACUGUGGUGUCAAAUUUCACAUGGGGGGGGUAGGAUCCUUAGAAUUGUUACAUUAACCACAACAUUUCCAGAUCCGCCAAGCGUCUCCAUUUUCCAGGGACAGUCCAGAAUUUACAGAAGCCACCCCGGUUUCUGAUCUGAUCCCAGAAUAUCUUGCUUCUCCUUAGAAUGUCCCUAUUUUCAUAGGAGAAAUGUUGGAGGGUCUGGAGUUAUCUAACCCCCAAGCCAUUCGAAGGGCAGUUUCUUGCAUCUGUCCCUUACAUCUUUCUUUCAGAUUUGCCUUUGCAUAGAGACUCAGGUUAAAUGCAUUUAUCUGAUUCCCUUCCACUUUAUCUAUUAAGCCCAUCUACCUGUUUAGUUAACUUCCUUCACUCUGCUCUAUUUAUGCCUGCCAGCCUUUAUUCCAAAUGGCUUUUUAAUAUCCCAUCCUAGCAAUAAAGGCAUAUUUUUCUCUGAUUUACAACUCUUGUCCUUGUUAAUAUCCUAUGAGUUCAGAGCAUUUGAGCUCUGAUUUACACUAGCAAGCAUACGAGGAGAACAGUGGGUAGAUUUUUAAAAAAGAGAAGCAGUUCACAGUAACUAGCCUGAGUAAGUUUAUUGAUUUCAAUAACACCAGCAGUCAGCAGCUAUUGGCAGUACUUUUAAGACAGACACAGUUGAGAAAACAUAAUCAAAUAAGGCUGAGUCAUUAGUAUGAGCAGUUUUGCUGGCUCUUUGCCUCUUUGUUGAGAACUGAAAAGCAAGCCAUAGCUCAAGGACAGGGAGCCUGUGGCCCUGUUCUUGUUGCUAGACUGCAGCUCCCAUCUUCCCUGAUCAUUGGCCAAGUCCAACAACCACUGGGCCCCCCCACAACUUUCCCCUCCCUACCCCAGCCGCUUAGAUUUGAAGCCUUGUCAACACACAGCAGCAGUCAUACCCUGGGGAAUGGCUUCAACCAGCCAGCUAAGCCAGGUGUUGGUAGCCAAUGGGUCUCAAACCCUUGGUAAGUUAGGGACUUCCUCUGCAUGCAAAGAAAGGCUCCAGCAGAUGGAGCAGACAAGACCAAUAGUGGGAGGCAAGAUGGGACUUGUCCACCUUGGAAGGUUGUUCAUCUCGGACAGUGGUUCUCAACCUGUGGGUCCCCAAAUGUUGUUGGACUACAACUCCCAUCAUCACUGAGCUCAACCCACAGGUUGAGAAAGGCUGAUAUAGGAGAAGGAAAGCUCUGACCCUAAACCUCCACUGCCUUGCAGAUCAUCUUUAAGAAAAGGCUAAGGAGCAAACCCUUCACAAAUCUGGAGUGGGAUCACCAGAUACUGUUUCACUAUCUGCUCAUCCCUGUCUCCAAAUCUGCAGGUCAGCCUGUCCUGUUCCUGUCUGACCUAUGAAAUUGACAGGGACCAGCAUGGGGUAUGUAGUCUUCAGAGGUAGCAUCCCACAGUGAACACUUGGACUUGUCCCAAGAGGAAAGGAUAGGUGUCUGUCUCAAGAAACAUCUAGCUGCAUUCUCCAGUGCUCAACUGGGGACAUGAGAAGCUGGUACUGGUGCCAACUACCUGCAAAGAAGUAGCAGAGGAGUUUCCAUGCUUUCAUAGCAUGGUGAAGUGAGCAUCAACAAGGUUGCAACGAUACUUUCAUUUGGGACUGGUAUCUAGAUGGGGACUAAGAAGGGUAUUUUGAGCAGGCUAUUUAGAUCAUAUGUUUCUAUUGCUAGCUUAUAACAGUCUAGUUGCCCCUACUCAUCAACUGGAAAGGCCCUAACUAUGGGAUUUGUGGAUUUUAUAUAUUAACUCUCUCUCUCUCUCUCUAUAUAUAUAUAUAGAGAGAGAGAGAGAGAGUUACAAAUUAAUUAUAUAUUAUAUAUUAACUAUAUUUAAAAUGCAGAUGAGCAAACCACAUAUGAGAUAUUUACAUUUGAUAUACAAUGUAAAUCACACCUUUGUUUCUGUGAAUGUACUGGGUCUCUGUUGCAAGAAAGGAUCAUUUAAAAGCAUACUGAGGGUCUUGGAUUCAGUCCAUGAUGGGUCUCCUGUGCUUGUAAAUAGUUCUGCAGAACCAGGAGUUAUAUUGGGUGCUGCUUCUUACAACAGCAGAAGACUGUGGGCUGCUAUUGAUUCUGGCAGUCCUCAGCUGAGCUCCAUGGUGUAUGUCUAAGUGCACAUACAUGGAUGUGGAAGUGAGUAAUUGAUCAUGAGGCAAUGCAACUCAUUUCAUGUCUCUUUCUCCAGCAUUAACGUAUGCCCAUAAAUCUGUGUGCUUCUGUGCGAUGAGUGCCUGCACGCCAAACCUAUGAAGUAUUGUGAUACCAAAGAAUGAUCUCAGCUCCCUUCCUGGUGGCCCAGAUCUCUUUGUGAAAUGCCUUCACGCAGUUCCCUGGCAACAAACAAAACCCAUUUUUAACCACUUAGGGUGACUUCAACCAGUGUCUGUGUGCAUUGCUGGGAAAGCUGCCUGUCUAGUUAAGCUGCACUCAUAGCAAUUAGCAGAGCAAACAAAGCAACAACAAAAACACCUUCUCACAACCAUCUAUUGCUUGGCAAAUUUUCUUAUAGUUGUUUCAGAAGUAGCUCUGGAUCAUGUGCUUUUUUGAUAUCAGUUGUCUAUGUGUGGACAGGAGUUUCACUUGCUCCUUCUUGACACAGAUAUCAAGAGAGAAAAUGCAAAUAAGUGCAGUCUGGUACAGUACAAUUGUAUUCCAACACCAUACUGCUUUUUUGGUUCUGGCAUUUCCAGGUCGAUGCAGGUUGGUUGUGCAUUAGAGCCAUGGAAUCAUAGAAUUGGAAGGGACCCAAGGGUCAUCUAGUCCUACCUCCUGCAAUGCAGGAAUUUCAGCUAAAGCAUCCAUGUCAGAAGGCCAUCCAACGUCUGCUUAAAAACCUCCAAGGAAGGAGAGUCCACCACCUCUUGUGGGAGUCUGUUCCACUGUGGAACAGCUCUUACUAUCAGAAAGUUCUUCUUGAUGUUUAGUUGGACUCUCCUGUCUUGAAACUUGAAUCCAUGGGUCCCUCAACCAUUCCUCAUAAGGCUUGUUUUCCAGACCCGUUAUCAUCUUGGUUGCCCUCCUCUGCACACAUUCCAGCUUGUCAAUCUUCUCCUUAAACGGGACACAGUAUUCCAGGUGUGGUCUAUUACUUCCUUUGACUGGGACACUAUACUUCUAUUGAUGCAUCCUAGAAUAGCAUAGCAUUUGCGCUUUUUUUUUUUUUGCUUUUUUUUGCUGCUGCUGCAUCACAUUGUUGAAUUGUGUUAAGUUUGUAGUCUUCCAAGGGCCCUGGAUCCCUUUCACAUGUACUACUGGCAAGGUGUCCCUCAUCUUGUAUUUGUGCAGCUGGUUCUUCCUGCCUAAGUGCAGAACCUGACAUUUGUCCCUAUUGAAAUUCAUUUUGUUAGUUUUGUUAGUUUGAUGGCAUCCAUUUCAAAACUAGGUCACACCAUGGAAACAGCACAACUGCAAGCACAGUCUGAAGCAGGACUGGGAAACCUGUGUCCCUCCAGAUGUUGUUGAACUACAACUCCCAUCAUCCCUGAUCGUUGGCCAGGCUGAUGGGUGAUGGGAGUUGGAGUCCAGAGCAUCUAGAGGACCACAAACCCCCCACCCCUGGGUCCAAAGGCUUGUGGAGAUGUAACAAUGACAGUGGCUGGUGUAUGCCAGCAUAAGGCAUACAAUUUGAAGUGAGCCUAUUUUUUAAAAAAGGAUAGCUGUCUUUUCAAAACACCUGCUCCAUUUGCUUCCCACGCUAACAGUUUAGCUUAUGAAAGCUGAACUUAUGCCAUAGGGAGCUAUUGUUUGGACACAGCUUUAGGCACAAAAAUUGAGCUGCCAACCUUUUAUUCUGAUUAUUACUUCCCAUCUAUGCUGUGUAAAAUGGAAAUGCCUGAGAGGCUGGGCUCUGUCAUGCUACAUCCCCUCCUUCUAAACCCUCCAUCUUCCCCCAAUGGUCUCUUUGCCCAUCCUCCUCUCCUGCCUACUCUCAAACAAACACACAAAUAUUUUACUGCUGAUACUUAUUACCAUUGCAAGGUACAGUAUAGACACAAUCAACCUGCAGGAUACUUAAGGCUGCCCCAGGGCAGACAGGUGAGAAGGUGGCACAAGGGAUGCCUCUGCUUCUGCAGCCUUGCAAUGGUAGUCAAACCUGCUGCCCUCGUGAUGCCUCUUUGCUACCUCAUACAAUCCUAGAGCUGGAAGGGAGCCUGAGGAUCAUAUAGUCCAAGCCCUUGCAGUGCAGGAAUACACAGCAGUCAGGGAUUGAACCUGCAACCUUGGCAUUGUCAGCAACAUGCUCUAACCAACUGAGCUAUCCUGUUAUCUUGGACUGCAACUCCCACCAACCUCAGUUAGCAUGGACAUGUUGGCUGCGGCUUAUGGGAGCUUUAGUCCAAAGCACUUGGAGGGAACCAUGUUGGUGCAGACUGAUCAAGGAUUUCUAGAUGGCCUGAGCUAGAAGAUUCCUCAGCUUCUGCUUUCUAGCUGCACACAUCUCUUUAACAUCAAAUGGAAAUCAUUCUCGGAUGUGGCUGAGCUUCCUGUUUCUGAAACUUGAGGAAGGUGAAAGAUAAAAUGCAGAGACUUCCAUCAGCUUGUAAUUCCUGUGCUUUGGUAGCUCUGAAUGAACUCUGCACUACACCAGUGAAUAAUCCGCUGCUUACAUCCGGCAGGUUUGUCAGGCACUUGUUCCAUAGGGGCAUACUUGGCACUUGUGCAAUUUUUAAAAAUUACCAUAAGUGUAUUCAUUUACCUAUUAAGCUUGCCAUUCUCAACACUUUGUGAGUCAUGCAGUAAAUAUGCUUAAUACCACACACUCUGUUCAUUGGAGAGAAAUAGGAUUCAGCUGAUCAGAGAAAUGAUACAUGCUUCUUGUCAUCACUCUGCUGUAUCUGAGAAGAAUAUCAUUAUUUGUAAUCGGCUCAGCUGCAUAGCACCCCGAUGUGGAAUAAGGCCAAUUCUGCAAGUCAGAAGUCACACAAGCAUGCAUUUGAGGGAUUGGGUGCACUACAAGUGAUCAAAUCCAAAGGAGGGUGUGGCAUUUGGAACCUUAACAGUUAUGUAGACGAGGGAAUUUUAGCAGACACAACUAUUCUCAGCCCUGCAGGUCAAGUUGCACUUGCUGAAAUGCUAUCAAGGUACACUCAGGGCUUUCUCACCCAUUGGACAAAAACGGUCCACCACAGGUGUGCACAAGAGUCCAAUCUGAUCAGAUGUGGGAGCUGAAAUAGCAUCCUUGAUUAAUUUAAUUUAAUUUUAAUAUAAUUGUAGGAGGUGUAGUUUGCCCAAUCAUAUUUAAAUAAUCACCUGUCAGCUUUGUUAAUUCCUUCUGUUUUGUUAUGACACCAUCAUUUUGGAUAUUUUCACUAGGUUUUUUUAAAGCACCACUGAGUUGAAUCAGCAAAUGUUUUUUUACCCUUGCUGAAAUUUGUUUUCUUUUUUAUUGGUUUCUACAUUUCCAUCUUUUGCUCAUCCAAAAGGAAUGGCUUAAAAUGGAGGGCUGCAUAAAACCCAAAUAAUCUAUAUACAGGAGCCUUAUUCUGCUUCACAUCUCAUCACCCUCAUUGCUCUUGUACACUGUGGGUCUCCUCUGUGACCAGUGGGGGCGGUACAGACUUCCAGCUCUUGGUAUGUAGAUGCUUCUGUAGAUGCCCAGUUGAGGCAAGGCAUUUAGAUCAUGCUGCUUGCACUUUCAUCUGGGUGCAGUAGUACAGAACUGAUGCCCAAAUGAACAAUGCUGUGGACAACCCUGUGGAUUGAAACAUUUGGUAGCUGGUUAGCCAGAACUUUUCGCCAUUUGGACAUAACUCAGUAACAUGAAAAGAAAAGGGUGCCGCUCAGUGAAAAUCCCCUUGACUUUGGAACUUAAACAAAAAUCAGUGCAACUUGAAGCUCCUGUCCAGUGCCCUGGCUUUUUAAAUGCUGAACAUGCAUAAACAAACCCCUAUGCACUUUUACACACCCUCAUUUCUAUUAGCUGCCUUCCUACCUGCCAUACCUGUGAGUUGAAAAAUAGCUUUUGAGCAAGUUGCGGGGCUGGGAGGUAUCCAACUUUCAGUAGUAUUUAACUAAGGUGUUCCAUCAGUACAAAGAUUUUCCCUUGUGCAAUGGAACUUCUCUCCUCUUCCCCCUGCCCCAUCCAUAGAUCUGCACUGGAGGGUUUGGGGAACCCCAAAACAGAUUUAGGAGACCUAUGGAGGCAGUAGAGAGGGCAAAGUUCUGUUGCACAAGCAGAAAUCCUUGUGCUGAUGGGAGUCUUUCUUAGUGCUACUUUGGACAAAGUCCUUAGUUUCAUUAUGUCUUGUUUUUAUAUGGGGCAGUCUAUUAACAUAGCAAAAAUGAAAAUUCCCUGCUCCCCCAGAAGCUUACAUCUCAACAGUUAGGGAGGACGACAAAGGAAGCAACCAGUUGUGUUUUGUUAGAGCACCUCUGCACAACUCACAAUUCCCACCCCCAAAGUCCACCACAGACCUCCAGCUUUAUAUUGUGGCCUAUUGGGUGCAUAAAACACCUCUGCUUUUGCAGUCCCAGACAGGCAAUGAAAGCAGGGAGGAAGGGGGAACCUAGAAAGCUUAUCAAGGGCCUGGUACACAGUGGUGGUUUUGUGGUCUGACAUUUUGUGAAGCUGGGCUGCUGCAUAUGUUGCUUGAUAGGUUUUUGCCAACUUGUAGAAAAUUGCUGCUUAGUGUCAUUUAAAUGCAGGCUUCUAGCUCCCCAUAGAUGAGUUGCAAUUAUCUGUUAAUAUAGCAGUCAAGGGUAAAAUGAGGUGUGUGUGUCUGCCCUGAGGACCAGGGGUUUAGCACAGUCACAAGCAGCUUAUUCGUUACUGAUGAGACAGCUGUGGCCUUUGUCAGGCAGGAAGUCCAAUUAAAUUACCCCAAUGAGCCUUCUCCUUCACCAUUCCACUUCUGUGCUUGUAUGAGGUGCUUGCAGGAAACCUGGAAAGGACACUGGGAUUGAAAAGUAUGUGGAAAAUAUUUUCAUGGUUGUUUUCACAGGGUCUUUGGCACUGAACAAAAGAAUGGGAGCACCCAAGUGGGUUUAGGAGCCAUAAUUGGGCGAUACAUAGCCAGGUGGCUUCUGUUAUUGGCUUUCUGGUGUUAGAUAGCCGGGGGUCUGAAUCUGAUUUCUGUUUGAACCAAGGACAAGCCUGUUGCUAUUUGACAUGGAAAAUCCUCUGUGGACCAAGCAUUCCUAAUCAGCAAGGAUAAUAUUGUUUCAGGCAGCGCUUAUUAGAACUGACAUGCAGCUCUGCUAUGCAAUUUUUAGACUUGGCAUUAUGCAACUUGGUAUAUAAGGCAUGACUAAUAGCCCUGCUGCUGUGAGAACAAAAACCAGAAUUAGGGAGUGAGAUACCAAGAGGCUUAUUGGAAGCCUCCUCGCUGUUGAUAAAUCAAUAGGUCUUGCUCCCACCCUGCCCUGCUCUCCUUCUCAAGCACAUAACAUGUGGGGUCUGUCUGUAAUAUCCACACAAUGUCAGUGCAAAAUGUUCCCUAGAAUGAGCCUCCCCAAAGAGACACAGUGAGAGGAAAAUUUCAAGUUAAGAAGAAACUUCCAUGGAAUAAAAUGGAAGGCCAGAGGCACAGAGUUAAAGCCACAAAAGAGGGAUUACACAACCCCCAUUCCCUCAUCAUUGUCUUCUGGUGAAGGCUGCAAUUUUAAGUUUAUUGAUCUGAAAUGUUUUCCCCUAACACCAACGCACAAAGGUGAAGAAAGACUCAAGUGAUCAAGAUGUGGCCUCAAGGGGUUGCCAGACUACAACCCAGAGAACGAGCAAUUACCAUUAAAUGUAGAGAUCAAGUGAAAGACAGUGGUUGAUCUUACGUUCCUCCCUUGUUGCCUUUCACUCUUCCCCCACCCCACUUACAGCACCAACCAGGACUACAUGGAUACCCCAUAGGAGGCUGUGGAGUGGGGAGGGCCAGCAAAAGCCAGCAGAAUCUGCAGCCACCUCGCCUUCUAGUUGAUUGAUCAGUUUAAAGAUAAAUGUUUACUUUUCAGCUAUCUGGCUGCCGUAGUCUUUGCUUGCUUUGGCAUCACUGCGUGGUGCAGUCUUCACAGGACUGGCCAGUGCACAACAAUCCAUCACGUGUUAGACAUGUGACUCAGUUUCACUGGGACCAUCCGCCUUGGGUUUGCUUCUGUUUAUUUUGGCAGGGACUCCUGUGCCUUUACCGGCUUUUAACCUCAACAGCCUUUCCUGGCAUGAGAAAACUUAGUUGCCUGAAUUGAGCUGAGAGCCCUGAAUACUCCGCCUCUAGCUGAUGUACAAAGUAAAAAUGGCAAAAGUGGCAUCUGCAGGUAGAGCACCUCACCACUGUCUUGCUAGUCUGAAAGCUCUAAAUUGAUCUUCAGGUUCACCUACUUUUAUUGAGACUUAUCAGGAAGGGGAGCAAGAAAGAUGUUUGUUAGGCAUGCUAUGCUAAACCUGCUAAUUUCAAACUUUGUGCAGACCACUGAACCCGAAAGGUAUUUCCUUCCCUGCUAAUUUAGAUGGAUUAGAGCUCAUCCCUUGGGAAAGGCCACGCUCACCCGUGCAACUGCUGAUCUCCUGACCCAUCCCUGGGAACAGGAUGCAGCUGCCUGCAACCAAUCAGCUACAAAUGUGUCAAGUGACUGAGGUUUGAAUGCAGAGCAGUCCCAGAGGAGCUGACCUGGGAAAGCAUCUUAAGCCCAUAAAACAAGAAAGACGUGCUAGUUGGGAAGGUUAAUACACUUCUGUACCAAGAAGGAAGUGCCUGUCCUUUGUGAUGGAGUUAUUCUUACACUACAUAGAAAACUCUCCCAGAUCAGUUCAAAGCAGGAAGUGGGCUCAGAUUUGGUGCAUACGCAUACAUGCAUUCAGGGAAAACCUUGUGCGUAAGUGGCCUAACCCAAUGACAGGGACCGUCUCCGGUUGGCUAUAAAAGGAGACCAGACAAAUUAAUGGAGGAUGAAGCUAUUAGUCAAAUGGUUGUAUACUACCAACAGGCUCAGAGGCCAGUUGCUGGGGUUCAUGAGCAGGAGAGUCUUGUUUGUGGGCUUCCCAUAAGCACCAGGUCAUCCACUGUGAAAAGAGGAUGCUGGACUAGGUAGGCCUUUGAUCUGAUCUAGCCAGACUUAUGCUGUCUGCCCUCCCAAUUACUAUAACUAUUCUUCUUUUGAAGUUAAAUUACUUGUGCGAUUGCAACUGCCAUUGCAUGCAAGGGGAUAAUGUUGGAAUUCUCCCUGCCUGCACUUUGAUUGGGUCUGCUUGCUUUGCUUUUGCAAAUCACGUUUCAGCUCACAUUUAAAGGCAAGCCAACCUGAUUUUGCACUUUACAAACACCGUGAAAACCAAAGGGCAGUCAUCCUUUGAAAUGUGCACUUCUCUGAAUUUUGCAAUGCAGUUCUCUGGCCAAGGAAUGUGUACAAAAAUGCAUAUUUUUACAUGCUACCCCAAUCUCUGAGCAAUGCAAGAUUCCAGGGGUUCCAGGAGCUUAAAUGGGUUUGUGUUUCCUUCAAAUUGUUUGGGUGAGGGUUUUAUUACAUUUUUUAUAAACAGACUGGAGGAGGGGGAUACCUACAAUAUUGUGUGUGGAAAUUGCACAAGUGUCUCUUUUGCUACAUGUACAUUUGCUUGAAAUUUGCAUCUUGCAACAGCUUCCAAGCAUGUGGCUAAAACUACAUGUGUGCAUUUUUCACACAUGAAAACCUGUGGCCCUCCAGUUGUUACUGGAUUACAACGUCCAGCAUCCCUCACCAUUGCCCGCGCUGGCUGAGGCUGAUGGGAGUUGGAGUCUAAUGUCAUCUGGAGGGUCACAGUUUCCUCAUCUCUGAUUCACACUUUCCUCACUCUACCCUUGUAGGGAAAACAUUGGGUGUGAAGCAGCCCUAGUAUUUUGGAGUCUCGAUAUGUCAAAUACUGAGUCUUCGCAUCAGUGCUGUCAUGGCUACUUAGACCUAUGAAUCCAGAUAGCCAGCUGAGGUACCAAAAGAGCCUCUCUGUCCUGCUGAGUGAGGAGAGGUUCCUCUUCAUUUUUAUAAGCAACAGCAGAAUUGCAUGGGAAGCCUCUUUCCUGGUAGAGGCCCCAAUAAGCUUGCAGCAAGUCCACACAUUCAUCACUUGAUGGCUGCACACCACAUGGUGCAUUUUAUGUGUGAAACAGCCAUUGCAAAUGAAACACCGUGGCAGAGACAUCGGAUCACAAACACCAGAAUUUUUGAUCCACGAAGUUCACACAGCCAGAUGCAAAUGAGAGUGUUAAGUCUUCAAGAGAUGUGACAUUAAUGAUGCAUGGCUCAGUUAGUUAGAGGGUGCUAAUAACACCAAGGUUGCAGGUUUGGAACAGCUGCAUAUUCCUGCCUUGCAGGGGGUUGGACUGAAUGAUCCUCAGGGUCCCUUCCAGCUCUACAGUUCUGUGAUUCUUUGUGUGAAUCUACCCAUAGCUACUUCCGACUAUGGCCAGAUUAAAAGCCCAUGAAAGCUUGAAGCAGAAGAUACUCCAUUAAUGUUCAUGUUCAUGCACACGAUUGCCGCUUUCACCCGGGUUUUGCUUAAUGCCUCCCAAAAGAAGUAUGACAGGCAAAAUUCAGCAGAAGAAGCAUUACCCAGCAAAAAGCUGCAAUAAUGGGGAGAGCAGCGCUUGCUGGAUAGCUCUUAUAAAGCUGUUAAUGGCACACACUUACAUCCAUAAAAAGGGUUACGAACACACUGAAAGCUAUUCUUCUCAUAAUUGACUGUGCUGUGAUAUCAGUAACAGAAGGAUAACCAUUAGUGGAUUCCAAGCAAAGACUGGCCUGGCAAUUAAGGCUGUGGAUGAAAAAUCCAGAUAUUGGCAUUUAAUUAUUGACUGAAUGCCAUAAAAGCUUGGGCAAGCCACUCCAUUUCUCUACACCUAAGUAUCUGGCUUGUAAAUUGAGGGGAAUCCAGGCAAUAAUUUCUUCUCAUCCAAAUAGAUUCUCUGCAAGAGGCAUAUUCUAUCUAUUACUGUCUGGUUUACAGUCAUUCAGAAAAGGGAGGGUAGGAGCUGUUUGUUGUAAGCGUUUUCACUUUCAAUUCUCGUACCUGAAAUAUGAUGAGAAAUAGUUGCCUCAAACAGGCCCUUUUACUAAAGAUGUGCAAAAUAUUUCCAUUUUGUUUGUUUAUAGCAUUGUCAAAUAUCAGAAUUGUUUCAACAUUUACUCUAAAUAUAAAAAAGCUAUGAGGAUGUUUUCAAAAUUCCUAUCAAAACACCACUCUGAAAGAACAUGACAAUUCUGUUCUAUUGAUGUCCCUUUGCUUUAUAUAUCCAGCUCUACUACCUGACCAGGUCCUGCUAAUAUCUAAUAUAAGCUACUUCAAAACAAUUAUAAUUAAAAUAAAUUCUCUCUCCUUCCUUCCUUCCUUCCUUCCUUCCUUCCUUCCUUCCUACAACUCCUGAAUCAAUGGUAUAGAAACUAGACCAACAGUGAUUAUUGAUUGAUAUGGGCAUUGUAUAAUGAAAUAGUCAGAUGGGUAGAGCUGAAAUAUUCUGCUACUCAAAGUAAGGGCAAUCUGCCCCCUCAGUUGGGAUAAUUGGGAUACCUGCCUAGGAUGUAAUCUCAGGCUGUUUGUCCUGCAUAUUUUUAGUGGGCUCAGUCCAGGGGGCAAAUCACAGCCUAACCAGAGUGCAGAAUGCAGUGCUCAAGCCACAGAGGAAUCAGGUAGAGAAAUUACAUGUGUCCUCAGCGAAAGGCAGUGUGCUAUAAGAGCAUUUAUUGAUGUUACUUUUUUAAUACCUAAUAUCUACAGCAGAGUUAUCAAGCUCAGACAAUGCCCCCAGCCCCAUGCACACCUUUUAGGCAUCAAAGGGUAUGUGCUUUCAGCAUGCAUGCCUAGUACCUAGGCUGAUUCAACACUCUCCUGAAGUUCCAUCAAGAAUAGUCACUCCGUGCAGAACUAGUGACUUGUACAGAAAUAUACAUGCUCCAAAAUCCUUACAUGAGGUCUGAAGCAUGGAGUCUGUCCUGGCUUUGGACAGAUGCUACUAUGAAAACAAUUUUUAUUCAUUGAAAGGUCCUACUUCUUGUCUAUAAAAUGAUAAUAUGGUGUUAGUAGGCAUUUGUCCAGGGUCGGGGGCAUACAGGUAGGGUAACAAUGCUUUAACCCUCUCUGUGGUUGCUUCGGCAUGGUGCUGUCAGUCUCCACUGAGCUUUUGUCUUCUCCCUCUGACUCAGCCAAGCUACCAUAUGUGCUGUCUGGGCACUUUCUCCAGCCUUUAGAAGGCCGAAUGACUCACCACCGCUCUUCCCUUUGAAGCACCUCUGGAUUCUCCAGCGCACAGCUCUGAUUUUCUCCCUUACUAUGUUGUUGUUUUUUUAUAAGCCAUUCAUGUCUAGGAAUCAAUGGGAGGAAAAAAAAGUAUCUAACAGUGUUUUCAGUGCCAGGUCUCUUAAAUCAAAAGAGCUGAAAAGAUGCCUUCCUGUCUAACCAGCUCCGAGGAAAGCUUUUGUCAUGGGACACAGAGACAAGCAUACAUGAAGCAUUGAUUGGAAAACUAUUUUUUCCCUUUUCUUUUCUUUUCCCCCUUUUUGGAAUCUUUUGCUGGGACGGAAUCUGAAAAUGCUUGUUUUUGCAGGACUGUUGAAUCCUCAGUGACUGUCACUAGAAGCUGAGAUUGGCUCGAGCAAUUAUCCUGUUAGAAAUGUAAACUGGGAGAAUGUAAGCUGGGAGGACCUUCCUGUUUGCUGUAAUCCUGCUUGCUAUGUAUUCAAUGUGUGAAAACAUCUCACGGGCAUCCCAGGGUUUCUCCACACUGCCAGUGUCAUCAUGGGCUCUCGUCCUGUACCAGCACCUGAACUCUCUUCCAUCAGCAGCAGCAUCCUCUCUCUUUUUUAUUGUGUUAACUGACCUGUUGGCUGGCAUAGCUACUGAGCUCCACUGUAGUAACUUAAAUGGUUCCUGGACCUUGUCAUAGAUGGACGUUGCUAAUCUUAGAUAACUUUCUUGCAGGCUCCUGCAGAUGCUUCAGUAUGUAAGUGCCAAGCAUUGUCUGCAGCUCUUGUUUUUUUAGACUCUGCCGUAUGUGCGCCAGACUUCUUCAAUGGAAAUGUUCCCUUUCUAAAAAUGAUAUUCGUGGAAUUGUUUGGGAACUGGAACCCACGAGAUGUUGAGAGGAGAAGUCCUGACAAAGUAGCUUUGUGGACUAUUAUAACAGGAAAAAGGCAGGACUGUUAAACUGGAGAGGUCGCUAUGUUGUUUCCCCCUCAGUGCUACUACUGCAUCCCAGACAGUAUUUAGUACUAUUAUCUCCUGUGCUGUACACAUGCCUCUUCCUGUCGAACUGUACCUAAAAAUCUUAAUAAAGAGAUGUGGGAGCUGAAUUCUAACUUUUGGGUAUUCCUGCUGUUGCCUUAUUCUGGGUUACUGGGAAGGUUCAAGCCACCUAGCCGUUAGAGUGAAGUUCUACUGAGCUGCUGUGCCAGUGAUAUGGACUGUAAUUAUCUAGCCAAGAAGACUCUGAUGCCUACGGCAUGGUCAUGUUCUGCAUCCUGCAGCAUCAGUGCAGUGCUCUUGCGGCAAAAGCGAAGGCCCACACCAACUCCCUUUUGCACAGCUCACUUCAUGUGUUAACCCGACUUCAUAGCCUCGCUUAAUUGAAAGGGCUUGCGCAAGGAUGUCACCGCAUGCUAUCUGUUUAUCAGCAGCAGUGGAAUUGGCUAAGUCAGCUGGCAGCCUCCCUAUGGAGGCCUGAGAAGUUCCAGGCAGGGUGGUGGCGAUGGGGCUGAGGUUGUUGCGAUUCAGCCAAGAGGCCAAGCACAGACAUGCCCCUUUUCUAUUCCAUCCCCCAACAAUUACGUGUUUCUACAUCACACGAUAACUCUAGCAGUUCUUCCUUCCCAAAACUAUUAUGCUAGAUUGUUUGCAUAGCUGGGGAGUCCUUAUACACAGCAACCUGGAUCCAGCUCCCACAGAUUGCAAUGCAGCGCUAGAGCUUGCUCUGUUUGUGUUAAAUGCAGAGUGUCUCAGCCGGGUGGCUUAACUCUCACAAAGCCUGAGGUUGUUCAAGGAAAUGGGACUGGAAGUGAGGAAUGUUGCUUUAAACCCAAACCCUACCCAGCCCUGCUGCUUGCCAUGAACUGAGGUGAAACUGUAGCUUCAGUAACACAUUCCACAGAAGAGCACUCUUUUCUUGCCUGCACCUUUAAUCUUACAGACACACACACAGGGGGGCGUUCUGCCACCCCCGCCCCGGCACACUCUUUCUCCAGCUGCAAAAGUCCUAAGGCUACAACUGCUGCUUCUCAGCAUCAGUUGCACCCUUGAUGAUCCAGAUCAAGAGGACCCUGUGAGGAAGUGUCAGGAGGACCAAGGUGAGGACCCUAACAAAGUGCGAGUGGGUGCUGUAGUUCUAGGAAUGCAGCUGGUAGCCAGAGAGAUUGCCAGAUCCACAAGUUCCGGAGUGUGCUGCUGUUUUUCACCUCAAGUGCCAGACCUUGACUGAGAGAAAUGUCUUUCCAGCUUUCCGGCAGCAGCAUCCUUCUCAUCCUCUGCUGCAGGCAGGAAGGCAACAAGCUGUAGACAAGAGCCAGAACUGAGCUGUCCGUCACCUCUGAUCUGAGGUCCAUCUUUGGCAACAACAGUAGCAGACUGGGUUCAGCCCUUAUUGUAUCUCCCUGCCCUAGAGACCAAGGACCUUGGAGAGCUGCCAAGGUUCUCUGGCUGCUGGCACCAGCCCUGCUCAUCUGAAGCCAAGGCCCUCAAUUAAACUGGAAAGAAAAACAGCAUCAAAUCCUGAGCAAUCCAAGCUUUGUGGCUGAUGGCCAAGCCUCAAUUACAGAUAAAAACUCUCUGACGCACAGAGAGAAACUGUAUAGUGCCCGCUGAGAUGGGGAAAAGCCAUUUGUAAAUCAGGAUGGCCUGAAAGCUGCACUGCUGGGUCCAUAAUGACAUUGAAGGCAUUGCUGGGGUGCUAAUGAUAUUAUACAGCAGGGCUUGUUUCCAAAAUUGCUGCUCUUCAAUAUAAGCAGAUGCAACUUUCGAUGCCUGAGAAAAAUAUGGGAGCUGCUCUGUACAUGGUACCAGCUUCCUCAGUGACCAAGGCACUGGUUUAAGUGCAGGUAAGUUGAAGGGCUUGUCCACAUUUGAGCAUUAUUUAGCAAUUUAUCCACUUGUCCCCUGUGCAAAUUAGACCAAUGUAGUCCAUUCCCACAUGUAUUUGAAUGAGUACCGAAGAGCAACUUCAAUCUUUCCUGUUCAUACCAGUAGGCAUUCCCCUUUGUGCUUCUAUCCACCUUCUGAUUUUUUGAUUCCAUUAUGCCAAUUAAGUACUGACAGGGCAUGCAUGUGCACCUUGUUUUGUCUUUCUAGUCUACCCAAGACAUAUGCUAAAGUGCACAGGAAAUUGUAGAUUUGCUUGUGCAGUUUUCUAGUUUUGUGCAAAUCUGAGGAAUCCAAAGAAACACAAACUUGUGAUGUGCCCCUACUAGCAUGUUAGAAAAGAAAUGAAAGCAACUGUAAAUUCUCAGCACACAAUUUUUCAGACUGCUGCCCAAUAUAUUAUUUCAGCAUAGAAAUUUUUUAUGUUGUUUGCUUGUGCAGUGCUCUGGUUUUGUGCAAAUCUGAUGGAUCAAAAGAGGGGGGGAAAGAAACCCCACUGGAAAUCACUCCAAGCACAGCCAGAAAAGUAAUGGAAGCAAUGAGGAAAUAGCAGACAUGGAAAGGGAAGUAGCAUAAAGUGAAAAUUAAUCCACCCACCCCAAAAGAAUGAAACAAAUAGUCUGCAACCCUGAGUGAAGUGGUUGGAAGCUUGAGUCUCCACAAGUUAUCUGAUUACCUCUAUCAGGUAAACCCCAAAUUUACAAGGGAAGAAUUAUGUUAUUGGAGGGUAAUGUUAUGUGGAUUAUAAAAAUUAAAUGGGAAUGCAAACACACAGUAAACUCCAGUGUGGACAAGCCAAAAGAGCUAUUUAAGUACAGAAUGUCCUUAAAUGAAUCUGUCAUGAAACUCACACUCCAGCAUUCAAAUCCAACUUGACACCAGUGAAAUAAAAGGAACAUUAGAAUGGCGGAGGAAUCAAACCAUUAACCAAGGUUAGUGACUCAAAGGAUACAGCUAAAAAUGCAACUGUGCAUGCUUACUUAUGUAUAUGCUUCCAUUAGGCAGAAUGAGGCAUCUGCCGCGAGAUGCUGAUUUUGGAUGUCAAAGGGUUACUUAAUUUAUUAUGAUUGUAUGCUUUUUUUAUUGUCAGGGGGUGGUGAAAGGGCUUGGGGGAGUUUGUGCUUCAUGUGCCAAAAUAACUUGAUUCUGGGUACCAUGUAUGAUCCCUGUAAGACUGCCACUGUUUGCUGCUAUUCCUCAAACAAUACUGAAUUGAUCAAAGCUCCCUGCUUUGUAUAAGCAGUGCUUUUGCACCAAAACUCCACAGACUGUGCUCUUGUCUUACUGUUUCGGGUUCCCUGUACCUCUCCCUCCUGUAUGACACCUGCUCCCUGAACUUUCCUGUGGCUUCCUCCUUCCUCUUCUUACUCACCCCACCCUCAAAUUUCUGUUUUACCUUUCACCUAUCCAAACCUUCUUUAAGUUGUCAAUUGUAAUUGCUCAUGCAAAGACUAGAAGUCCCUGGAUUCGACUAGAACAUGAACAUUCAGAUCUCUGUUGUGACCCAAAACACUCUUGGCUAUGCCACCAAGAGUUGCUCUGCAGAGGCUAUGGCCCACCAGCUCCCUACAUGACAUUUUACUAUGCUCGACAGAUACCAUUGCAAAGGAAACACAUUUUUUGCAAUUUCAUCACCAAAGGGUAAGAUAUUGGGAAACACUUUCAACUCUCUGUAAAUAUCUCAUAGCCCAGCAAGAUUGUACGUGCAUUAAUGACAUCUCCAUAUAGACUUAGGAGCUGUCAUGUGAAUCUUCUCCAAAUCUCUCUGCCUGCCAAAUUUGAUUGGCAGUGGAAGGAAACUCUUUUUACUUCCUUUAUACAUUUACACUUACUGUCUUCUACCAGCACUUAGGAAUGCUUCCGUCAAACACAGUGAAAGCUUGUGCUGAGUGGAAUUCAAAUGGUUUGCCUUAAAUUCCUUCUUACACAGAUGAGCCAACGAUGCUAGCAGGGUGGGGUGUUAACAAAAAGCUGGGUUGCAACAUGAACCGUGGGACUAGGCAAACACAUAUAUCUGGGGUAGUGAUAUUGUGUGUGUGUGUGUGUGUGUGUGUGUGUGUGUGUGGUUAGAUUUGGGAUGGGCCUAAGCAUUUGUUUGGAGGACCUGUGUGUGUGUUGGAAAUAUUUUUAUAGAGUGGGUGCUCAUUACAAGAUGAAACAUGGUGAUGAUACUAAAAGGUUCUAAUGUACCAUGCUUAAUGGCUCACUUGUGAUGGCCACACUGAGACAAAGAAUUCCAGAGAGUGCCCCAUACACUGCAUACUGCCUCUAUAUACUCAAAUAAAUAUUUCAGCUCGGUUUAUUUGCAGGUCUUACUUCCUGGAACAAGAGCCUCAAGUUCGGGUUCGAUGUACCCAAACUAUAUGCAUUCAGUUUCUAAAAUAUCAAGCAUUCCAGUCAGGCUUUAAGGGCCAGAAGGCAUUCACAAUGUUCUUCAGCAGCAGCUGGUAGCUACUGGGCCUGGUGGAGCAUCUAAUGGGGUCCCUCGAGGCCAAAGGGUCACCAGAGGGGGCCCCAACUUUUUAUGGUUUUCUCCCCACCCUUCUCUUUUGCAAAGAUACUGUUACACACCACCCCAAUAUCCUAGCAGUGUGAGAUUCCAGGGGUUCCAGGUGCUUACACAGGGUCCAUGUUUCCUUUUGGAAAUGAGGCACAGCAGAGACUGGGGUGCUGUUUCUUUACACAUAUAUGCAACCUGAGCCUAUGGUGGAGGGGUUCACAGUACGGACAUCCCAGGAGGGUCUUGCUUCUCCCUUAGCUGCACUAUUGGACUCAAACUAACCUCAGCCAUGGUUCAGACUCUCUCUCCAGCUUGCUUCCUUUUACAGAAUGUCACAUGUACCAGACAUCAUGCAAAAAUGCCAAAUCCUAAACUCAACUUUAAAACUCUACUUACUUCAAAACUCUCUUUUGUCUUCUAAACUAUCGCUGAGUUGAGGCAGGCCGCACUCCCAUUUGGCUUUCUUAAUGGCCCAUUACCUUCCCAUCGACUUUUUAAUGGCUCAUCUCCCAGGCGAUUUACCUGUCUAUUCUGGCAAUUGAAUAUGCACUAGAGCCAGGAAUUACAAAGGGGUCCAGGCAUUCAGCCUACCCACACAACUCAAAGCAAAAUGUGGAUAGGGCUCUGUCCCUGUUGACCAGGCCUCCCAUGAUUCUUGUAUAUGUUCACUUAAGUGUGUGUAUACAUAAGUAGGUAUUUUCUUUAUGAAGAUUGGGGACAGUUUUCCUUAAAAGUUCCCUCAAUGCCACAAAGCCCUAGAGGACAAAUGGCAACUCAUUGUCUUUUGGAAUAAAUUUGCCCCUAGACAAUAUCAAAGGGAAGUGUGUAAAGAUUUGUUAAGCAGACAAAAGUACUGAUUCAACUCCCAGGGAAAGAAAGGGGACAAGCAAACUAGGCAGAAGAGGGAUUAGCAGCCUUUUGAGAGUGUUCGAAUUUUACAGAAAUUGUUAGGAGGAGAAGGAAGGGAGGAAAUAGGUGAAACCUAAAAGGUAAUGGGAGCUAGCUAGCAUAGGAGAGGAGAUAAAAGCCCAUGAGACAGACACAGAGGAAGAGAAAAGAAGAAAGCGCGGAAAGCAAUGGAAUGAAUUCACAAACCCUAAAAUAGAAUCUUCACUCAGCAUGCCUGGGUUUUUUGAACUUGUGAGUAGUUGCUGAAUAUAAUGAGAACAUUUUGGUAAAGAAAAGUACUUUGAAAGGGGACUCAAAAGAGCUGAUGAGACAAAGACUUUUGAUCUAGGAAAACAACCCAAACCGUCAUCUAAUGGGAUUGAAUCCAAACAGAUGUCAACUUUGUUUUUUAUUUCUAGUCCACAGUUCAGACAUAUUUUCCCCCAAUCAGAACUGAAAGACAGUAUUUGUGUAGCCUAAUCGCAAACUUGAGGCAAAGAAUCAAAGAGAGAAACUGAAACCCGAGCCUAGGUUACUGCUGCCUUAUGGGGGAAACAUCAUGCCAUCGGUUUCAGUUUGGCAUGGAGAAGAGAAAACUCUGGGGUCAUAUUCUUCAAAUGCACACAUGACUGUCCAACAUCUGCUGCAAGACUUCCUAUGGGGGAGAGACCACCCGCCUCUGGGCAAUUACUUCCAUUGCUGAGCUGCUGUUGCUGUGAAGAUACUUCUACUAAUGUUCAACCAAAAUCUGCCCUUCUGCAUCGCGUUCUAAUCAGGGGACCACAUGCCAGUGGUGGACAGAGCAACACAUGUAAUUUUUACUUUUGUACACUAGGUUCAUUGCUACACACAUUUGCACAGUAGUGUCAGGUGGGGGGUGGGGCUGCACUGCCCUCCCAGCUUCCCAACACCAUGGGUUGCUGCUGCUUACCAAGAGGUAUGCAGGUGGCACUGUGGUCUAGACCACCGAACCUCUUGGGCUUGCCGAUCCUAAGGUCAGCAGUUUGAAUCCGCACUACAGGGUGAGCUCCCAGUGCUUUGCCCCAGCUCCUGCCAACCUAGCAGUUCGAAAGCAUACCAGCAUGAGUAGAUAAAUAGGUAUGGCCACGGCGGGAAGGUAAACGGUGUUUCCGUGCGCUCUGGCACUUGUCAUGGUGUUCCGUGUGCCAGAAGUGGUUCAGUUAUGCAGGCCACAUGGCCCAGAAAAGCUGUCUUCAGACAAACUCCAGGCAUAGCUGUCAACCGUCCCUUAUUUGAUGGGAAAGUCCCUUAUCCCAGCACUGUGUCCCACUGCUGUCCCUUAUUGAUGAUGUCCCUUAAAUUUCCCGGGUUUCAAAGGAAGCAGCUCCUCUCCCUCCCUCCCUGCCGGCCAGGGAGGAGGGAGGCUCCAACUGUGUUGCUUGGCUGCGCUGCUCACCCAAUAAGGAGUCUAAGAAUGACUGGGGACUGGAGCUUGCAUGCCUUGUGCUGAUCAAAUUGGCCGUGUUGCCUGGGGACUCGCCUUUGCUCAGCGCUUCUCAGUGGAGAGGUGACGGUGGUUUUCCUUGCUGCAUCCUCUUUGCUGGGUUGCUGCGCUGUGGGAACCACCGCUUGAGGCUUUGUUUGGCUGCUGGCUGGGCUUUCUGCCUUUGGCUUGGAGGAGCUCAGAAGUUGAACAUACCUGUGCUUGGAAAAUCCCUUAUUUUGGCUGCUGAUCCCUUAUUUUCGAGGCUGCUGAUCCCUUAUUUUCAAAUCUGUAAGCUGACAGCCCAGUAAGCUGACUCUAGGGCAGGGCAGCAGGGAGCUUGGCACAGUGUGAAUUCGGUGGCAGAGCCAAUCUGACCCUCCAGCCACUGCGCCAAGUGUCCUGCUGCCUUGCCUCUCUCCCUUGGGAAGCAGCAGCAAGAGGUUGUGCUGGGAAGCCAGGGGAGCAACACAGAUCCACACGACCUACUGCCCUCUCCUGCAAAUCACACUCUCCUCUCUGUCCUCCAUCCAGACAAGCAAGAGGCAUUAUCAGAGUUCAAAGACACAUCCCAGCCAAGCAGAAAUACCUGGGGUGCGAAGCAGAGAUCUGAGCAACUGAACUCAAUUAAAGCAAGACAUAACAGUGGUGGCAGUCGGUGAAGAAAAGAGCAUAUUUUCUUUCAGAAAACUGAAAACUGCCAAAGAGAAUUUGUUCAGGUUGUCAUGUUUAACCAUGCUACCUCUCCAAAGGUCGCUGGUUCUCCCUUCUUCAAGUGCCCUUAAAAGGAGAAGCAGAAAGCCACAGCUUUGUUCCAUACAUCUUCGCUGUGCCUUGGCACAGUGAGAUGGAAACUAGAAACAAGGCCAGUGCCUGAACUUAUUGCAACAUGAAAUCAUGUGACAUUGUCACUGGAGGUGAUGAAUGGUCAUGAUCCAGCUAAAGUUUGCUGGGGCUAGGUCUUGCUUUCAGUACGACAAAGUAAAGUCCUAGGUGAGGAUUCAGUGCUGAUCUUACUCUGAGGAGACCCACUGAAAUUAAUGAACCUGACCUUCUUUUCUGCCAGGCCUUUGGAUCUGAAUUAUCUGUGGUCUCCUUCAGUGGGUGUUUUAACCCUGCUUUAAACAAAUAUAUGAAUAUGUUUUAGAUUCUUCUUUUUGUUUUAUACUGGUUUAAAUGUACGUGUUGUUUGUUUAUUGCUGUGUAAUAACAAUGUAGUUCUAUUUAUUUCAUUGGGUCUACUCUAAGUAACAUUUAGUUGUUUAAAUAUGGUGGUAGAACAUGAGACUGUUUAAUCUCAGGGUUGUGGGUUUGAGCCCCACAUUAGGCAAAAGAUUCCUGCAUUGCAGGGGGUUGGACUAGAUGACCCUCCCUGUCCCUUCCAGCUUUACAAAUCUAUGAUUCUAUGGAUGUAACCCACUGGCUUUAGUCAUACCAACACUAAAAGUUAAGUUCUGUUUAAUUACCUUCUGGGCUGAAAGAGCACUCUCAUGAGAUACCCACACCACACAGUAAAAACAGAUAGCAAUAAUAAUAAUUGCAGCUUACAGUCAGAAAUGCUAUGGAAAUAUAUUUAUCACAGAAAUGGGAGCCUCAUAACAGAGGGUCCUGGUUGCGCUCGGGACCCAAGAGCUCACUUGACAGGGUUAAAAUGGGGGGGGGAGCAGGAAGUCCUGGCCAUUCCCCUGGGAUCAUGCCAGGCGGUUUUAGCCAAUAGCCAGUAGGUGGUGUGAUCCCAGGGGCUUUAAAAAAGGCAGUGUGAUGCAAGUGGGGCACUUGCAUUUGCACGGCUGAACACCCGCCCACCCUCCCUAGUUUAGGUAGAGUCGCUUGCCCUUGCUUUGGUUUGGGUCGCCUGUUUUGGAACAGGGGCUGGGUAGGAAUUUUUUCCAUUUGGCAGAUUGGCUUUAGCCAUUUGGUUUUCGCCUACCCCUUAGCAAAUCGUCACAACUUGGAAGGUGGGCAUUGGCUCAGUUGGAUUGUGGGGAGGGGAGGUGCAGCCAUCACCUGCCCCUCCAGGAACUGGGUAUUCUGUUAAAGGAAUCUGGGGGUCCUGGAUCUCGUCCGAAGUCCGCUUGAGGGGCUAGGGCCAUGCCAGGACCACAGGAACCCCGAGGUGAGCUUAGGUUUGUUCUCAUCGACCUUGCUCCCUCGUUUGGUUUACCCCAUUCGACGAUCACCCUGAGAGGUGGAGUCAGUUAUAGUGGGGAGUCAAUGCCUAAGCCAAUACCACUCACGUGAUUGUAUUUCAAUAAAGUUGUGGCCAAAAUUUGCCCAAAAACUUAAACUACUAUAAGUGUCCAUGUGUAUUUAUUUUGUGGGUGGGUCUUGGGGCCUCAAGAAGCAAUCAAGAAGUACACAGUGUUCCUGGCCUAGAUAGACUAGAUAGAUUUAACUACAAUGCACCUCACUUAUUCCUAGGGUAAGAGCCCAUUUCAUUUUCCCAUGAACAAUGGCAAAUUCCUAAUCUAGUCUGCAGUUCUUUGGUUGGACACUUCUUCACGUGUUCCAGUCUGGCUUAAUUGUAGCUGAUUCAUAGAAAUUCUGAAUCCCAGCAGAAGCUACAGCAAAAGCAGAGUCAGUUUAAGAUGCUUACCGAAGUUCAGGAAGAGAAUGAAUGGUGUGUAUUUUUAGCCCAUGGGGUAGCUGAGUGGUAUUAAAAUUCAGUCUGUGUUACAGACACUUGGGUUGAAUCAGUAUUCCAGCACGAGUCUCGCUCUCUUCAUACUAGCAUUUUCAACUGAGUGUCUGAAAAGCGAGUGUUACCAUGGAGACUCGGCUCCAGGGCAACAGCACUUCCUGUCAGAAAGUGGCUACACAGGUAGAAAUAUGGCCCAACAGAAACCUAAGCAGCUUAGAGAAUGUCAUACAGUCCAUCUCCACAAAGCAAAUGUCUUUAAUAAACUCCAUCUGGGAGAUACAGGCUAAACAAGAAUUAGAAUUCUUGGUCUGAAGAUCCCCUGCAGGAAAACAGGCUUCAAAAGGCAUCCAUUGAAGCACUGUACAUUUCCCCAAAUUUUAUUUCUCUGUUUUUUUCAUAGUUCCAAAAAAUCAAAGACCUUCUUGAGAGAGAGUCAAAGACAUUCCUGGAAGGAAUCAGAAAUGUGUAGAUGCAAAGAGAAUAGACAAGUGGCAAGAUUAGAAUAAGGACAACAAUUUCAAUAUUAGAACAGCAGAAAGUUGAAUGGGUAAUGUCCUACCCUGAGGCUGAACAUACUUUUGCAUACACCCCAGUUCUCAAAAUCAUGCAGUGUUUCAGGGGUGCAGUGCUUGUCCGGGUUUGCUUUGCUUUGGUAGGAGGUCAUUGGAGGCUUAAUGGCAUUGUGUAAUAUUUGUGUGCAUUUAUAAACGUGCAAGGACGUGGGUGGCGCUGUGGUCUAAACCACAGAGCCUAGGCCUUGCUGAUCGGAAGGUCGGCGGUUCGAAUCCCCGUGACGGCGUGAGCUCCCGUUGCUCGGUCCCAGCUCCUGCCAACCUAGCAGUUCAAAAGCACGUCAAAGUGCAAGUAGAGAAAUAGGUACCGCUCCGGCAGGAAGGUAAACAGCGUUUCUGUGCGCUGCUUUGGUUUCGCCAGAAGUGGCUUAGACAUGCUGGGCCACAUGACCUGGAAAAACUGUCUGUGACAAAUUUUGGCUCCCUUAGCCAGUAAAGCGAGAUGAGCGCCGCAACCCCACAGUCGUUCGCAACUGGACUUAACUGUCAGGGGUCCUUUACCUUUUUUAUAAACGUGCAGGUUAAGCAGUAGCACCGUGAAUCUGCAACAGAUGCCUCUAAACCUGUUGCAUCCAUGUCAGAUUUCAUGGAGAACAACCAGCAUCCUACGAUUUCCUUUCCUCAGCAAGAUCAACCCACUUCUUCGCUACACUGAGGUCUUCACAUCAAGUAUCUGGUUAGGAUGGGCAUAGAAUUUGAACACCCACCACCACCAUUUAGCUCUCUAGGAAUGCUGCUGCCCCCUUGUUCUUGCAGAAUAGUGGUCAGUUGUGUUCCUACAGGGCUCUUCAGUAGCAGCAGAUCACCCAUAUCUUGCUCUGGGGAAGGGUUCAGAGAUUGCCUGCUCCUCUGAUGCUUUGCCACAACAAAUACUGUUUAAGUUUUAACUGUUAAUAUUUAAACUCUGCUUGCUACUUUUAAAUCUAAAAAGGAUUCGCUGAGAUAUCUUUGAGGCUGCCUGGCCCACCUUGCUUUGCUCCACAAGGACCCCACAUUCCCGAGGGUCAUUCAUCAGAAUGAGGCUUUGUCAGCUGGGAAACCUGGAUAGCCACAGAACAUCUGCACUGCCACCGCUGCUGUAGCUGCAAAGUCAAGAGGAGGAGGAGAAAGGAUGAGGUCAGCACUGGGAGGGAGCAGCAUGUGGGGUGGCAGCGGCUUUGCUUCAGGUGGUAGAACGUCUUGGGCUGGCCCUGUUUCCCAUUCUCCCUUUCUCCAAACUGAGAUUUCUUCACACACAUAGCUUGAUGACAUUGCCGUCAAAGAAAGGCAUGUUCCCUUCUCCAAAAUGACUCUCCCCCUUUUACAACUGUCUCUGGCCAAUAACUUGUUCAUCAGCUAAUCUCCACCCAACAAAGGGAAGGUACUGGCAGAUUUUCCAGAACUAUUAACAAGUCUAAACCACUGAGCCUCUUGGGCUUGCCGAUCAGAAGGUUGGUGGUUCGAAUCCGCACAAUGGGGUGAGCUCCUGUUGCUCUGUCCCAGCUCCUGCCUACCUAGCAGUUCAAAAGCACACCAGUGCAAGUAGAUAAAUAGGUACCACUGUGACGGGAAGGUAAAUGGUGUUUCCAUGUGCUCUGGUUUCCAUCACGGUGUUCCAUUGUGCCAAAACUGGUUUAGUCAUGCUGGCCACAUCACCUGGAAAGUUGUCUGUGGACAAACGCCGGCUCCCUCGGCCUCAAAGCGAGAUGAGCACCAUAACCCCAUAGCCGCCUUUGACUGGACUUAACCAUCCAGGGGUCCUUUACCUUACCUUUACUGACAGCUUUGCCAGAACUAUCGAGUCCAUUGCAUGCCUCAGGCAACCUACACUGAUCAGAAGCCCAUUCACAGAAAUCUUAAGAAUCACAAAUCAGUCAGCUGGAAGGGAUGCCAAGGGAUCUAGCCCAAACCCAAACCCAGCAUUACAAUCAAUACAUGUUGACUGUCACAGUAAGUCAAACUAUGGCAUAUGCAAACCUGCAGCUUCUCAAAGAAGACCUCACAGCUACUUUGUUCCUCCAGAGUCUUUUCCCCCUCCCACAUCAUACUGAGCUUGUCGUCUGAAUAGCCUAGCCUAGAGAAAAACCUUGGCUACAGUGCAUGGUUACUGAGGAGGAAGCUUAACCAUGAGCCUGGCUUCAGAUAACACACUAAGGCAAACAUUGGCUUAGCUCAGCAUGCUGUGAGAGAGAAAAAGACCAAACCAGGCCACUCUGACAACAAAUGGUCUCCAUCAAAAGCAUUUUCCUUUGCUUGUGAGUCACCAUUGGACCUGGAAGUCCUCCUUGCCAUACAUUUAUUAUUCCUGCUGCAGUCUAAAUGGCCUUAGCCACAUUUACAGGAGUGUGAAAUUGAGCUGGUUAUCCUCCAUUGCAUGUUUAGUUAUUCUUUCGCAUGAGUUUCUUGCAUUUCAUUCUAUUGAUUUUUCAGAGUUUACCAUACCUAAGUUGGUGCAAUCCCUCCAUUUUUAUGCCACCUAAAGAAACAUUCCACUUCAAUGUAUAAGUAAAUCCAUUUUGGCUGUUCCUAAUGGCACACUACUGCUAUGUGCACAAAGGGCAGCUGUUUCAUAUUCUAGCAUACGGCUAAAUACUGAAAUUAAAGUGAUUGGUCUAUAAUUUCCUAUGUAAUAAUUUCCCCCAUUUCAAAACAUAGGAAUUAUCCUUACCUUUUCCCAGACUCCCAGCACCAUGUCUAUCUUCAAUGAAGGCUCAAAAUAACUGCCAGUAUUUCUGAGUCAGUUCGUUGUUUCAGCUUUUCGACUCCUAAGGUGUGAUUUAAAUCCAUUCAAAUGUGGCAAAUAUUCUUUGUUACCAGGAAGUGCGCUUCUUCCUCCCCUCCCCUCCCCUCUUUAUGUUAAUGUUGUUGAUUUGUGGCUUUACCUUUUCCCUUUUUGUGACAACAGAAGUACAAUCAGCAUUGAGCUUUUUUAAAAAAACAAACCCCCAAAAACCGGUUAGCAGUUCAUGUUUCCAUUAUAUAACUGACCCCCUUAUGCUUAAGGUAUGUAUUUAAAAUCCUGCUUCUUUUUGCUUGCACCCUCCCAUUUUGUUUUUUCCCUUUUCAUUUUAUUCAAGGGUAUGUACAGAUGUAUAUAGAAAUUAAAUAAAUAAAGUAAAGUAAAGGAAGUAGUCAUUGCACUAUGGCACACAAUUACCACAUUGUUGGCUAUGUACAGAGGCAGAUUUAGGGCAGUGUGAGUGGUGCGGUCACACUGCGCAGCUGAGGAAGGCACCUUCUCAAAGCCCAUUUAGCCCUGGACCAGCUUCAGGGAGGAGGCGUAGGGCUCUGACAAGGUUCUAGAGUCCUCCUUUCUUCUUCCCAAAGCUGAGCAAGUGCUUAUCGGGCUUUGGGAAGGAGGUAGGUUGGCUCUAGGACCCUGCCAGAGCCUCAUGUCUCCUUCCCAAAGCUCAGCUUAAGCUGGCACAGACAGGGUGGCAUAAUACCAAGGCAGUCUAUACUCUGCAUUAAUAAAAUAAUAAAAUAAAAUAAAAUAAAAUGUUUAGCCCUAUUCUGCACCAGUUCUGUGAUCUGCAUAAAUUAUUAAUUUUUUUACAUAAUUUUGCUUAUUUGGAACAAGUUAUUCUCUUUCUGGUAACCAUGGAGAGAAAUGAGGAGCUAUGUAAGACUGCAACCCUGACCCCACUUACUUGGGACUAACCUGCAUUGAAUUGAAUAGGAGUUACAUCUGAGUAGACAUGGUUCAGAUAGCACUGUAAGCCACUGAAGCCAUAACUGCUGAGCAUUGGGAAGUUUACUGGGUUCCUCUGUAGUUUCAGAGAUUUCACUAGAGGUUGCCACAAGCCAGCUUUGCAACUAUGUGGCCUAGAAACUUGUUCUUAAAAAUUAAAUUCUGGAUUCAGUACCCAGAACCAAAUUCUGUAGGGGGUUUUUUGGCACUCGCCGUGGAAUUCACCUGCCCCCUAAAUGUAGUCUGAAAGAUAUGGACUAAUAUGUAAUAAGUAUUUGAGUGGCAUGUGCCAUAGCGAGGAGUAAUGUAGAACAAGUGAUACUAUAGUGGUCAGACUUUUCAACAGUCAGAACUUUUCCAGCACAACUGUUCUUUCAUUCUAUAAAUGAUGGAUCCAGAAAAUCCAACCAGUCAGAAGAGCCAAGCCCAUUCUUCCAGAAUAAGAAAGAAGCAGAAAAACAUCACUGAAAAAUAUUGGACUUCAAAGAUAUAACCAUGCUUAUUAUAUGGAAAUGAAUAAAUAAAUACACUGGAAACAAAAGGGUUUGGACGGUUUGGAGUUAUUCUGUAUUUUGUGCGUGAACAAUUUCUCUGUAGUUGCUCUCUGUUCCCUAGUUCCCUAGUUCAUAUGUGUGCCUUGCACUAAAUGUAGCCUCUCUAUGUUGGAAGAGAAGGGAAAACUCACCUUAGAUACCCACAGUGCAAGAAAAUAGAACCCAGACAUUAAAGGCCUUCAUUCCAAUCAGAGGUGACAAGGCACACAUCAUUAAAAAAUGUUUGAGCAACAAAAUAGCUUUGAAACAUUUCACAUUACAAAGAACACAUUUCAAGAUCAGGAUGGGGGGGGGUGACUUUUGCACAUUUUGAAUCAUACCUGCCAGCUCUUGUCAGGUCUAACGUUUGUUUCCAUAGGAAAAAAGCACAAUCUCAAACAACAUGUGGGUAUGACUUUAUAAGUUAAAAGAAAGAGAAAUUGGGGCGGUGGAGGUGGAGGGAGAGAACACAAUUCUCUAAAAGAUUGUUUUCAUUUAAUUGAAGAUACCCUUUUCUGUGGUGGAUGUGAUACCAUCGUACCAGGCAUUGAAGUCCAAAGAGUGUUUGUUGCUAGAAGUGAAAGGGUUUAUACUAGCCUCAGAGAGAUUAUCCUUAGCUUUUGUUGUACAAUAAAUGCUUGUCCAUUUAUAACCCAGGUUACUGGGUAGACGGAACAAUGUGGAAACGGCUGUCUCGAGGACACUGCGUAUCGUAUCUGGAUCGAGGAUCCUAAUUGUGUUUUUUUGUAUUAGGCACAGUUCAAUCUGCAGCAGCCAACACCAUCUUGGCUCCGUGACCUUGUCAAAGCUCACCGACGAGGCAGGCAUAGGACAGCGGCCGCAAAUCAUUUCUGUAACUUGACGCACGUUGUAUGACUGGCAUAUGCAUGGAAAUUGCUUCUUGCUAAAACCUUGAGCUCAAUCCUCAUGGGAGCUGUCCCAUUUUUGGAAACCAUGUCAUCUGAAUUCAUCCUUGCGGGUGCUUCGUCAGAAACACAAGACAUCAAACUCUUCUGAGAAAGUACAGUGGUACCUCAGGUUAAGUACUUAAUUCAUUCCGGAGGUCCGUUCUUAACCUGAAACUGUUCUUAACCUGAAGCACCACUUUAGCUAAUGGGGCCUCCCGCUGCUGCCGCGCCGCUGGAGCACAAUUUAUGUUCUCAUCCUGAAGCAAAGUUCUUAACCUGAAGCACUAUUUCUGGGUUAGCGGAGUCUGUAACCUGAAACGUAUGUAACCUGAAGCGUAUGUAACCUGAGGUACCACUGUAACUUCCUGGAGUGUGUGCAGGUACAGAGCAGGUACUAGAAGCGCACUUCUAAUAGCACUGAGGAGAUCACAAGAUCGGGGAUGGCAGAACUCAGGGCUGCCCCACACAUGAGGCAAGGUGAGGCACUGCCUCGGGCGUCAGGCUCCACUGCGGCAGCAGAUCCUAGUGUCAAUCUUUCUUCCCCUUGCUCCUGAUGUAGGUCUUCCCUCACUCCUUCUCCCCUGGUGGGGAGGGGGGUUCCAUUUUGGGCUCCACCUCAAGUGCCAAAACGUAUUGGGCUGGCCUUGGCACAACUUAGCCCCUUUGUGCUAAUAUGCUUGAUGCUGUUUAAUGGAGGGUGCCCCACUGAAGGAAGCUAAAUGGGUGGCCUUGGGUUUGAUUGAAGGUAUGUUUUGUAUCCGCCCCCCCCCCCCGGCUGUUCUUAGCAUCUGAGCUUGUUUCCUGUUGCUUGAAAUUCCUGUACACGUCUUAAUGUGUUUUCUGAAUAAAUGUGUUUCUUCCUUUUGAAUCAGUAGGUGGCUUCUGGCCAGAAUUAUUAUUAUUAUUUUUUAUAAAUGCUAAAUGUGCAUAGAAAACAGCUGAAUGCUCCUAUAAAUAUCAAAAAUGUUUUUUUUUCCUAGAGUGUGCACCCUCCCUCCUGCAAAAACAAUUGAGGAGUAUGCUUGUUUGUCCACACAAGAUCAAAAGCUGAGGAAAUGGAACAGAAUAUGCGUCUAGAGGUAGAGAGUUUGAUGCAGAGAUUGGUUUGCACAAAAGGAGCUUUGAUUAAGAUGGAGUUUGAGGGUUAGGACAAGAGCUGAAGUGAGAGGCAUUAUGGUGUGUUUGCCCAAACAAUCAUAAGAGACUUCUCAGUGAGGUUAGCACACAUUUUAUGAGGUAUUGACUUUUGUGCUAAGAAACGGGAUGGGAGUGGAAUGCUAAUUAGAUGCAAAGUGCCCAGAUGACUAAAGGUUUUUACUGGCACAAUGCAUCCAAAACCCAGCUGCUUCAGACACAUUGCCAGAGAGAAUACUAUGCCCUCUUCAUCACUUCCUGCCUGAAAUAUCUGUGAAUAACAUGCAUGUUUGAAAGAGCCAGAACACAGGUCAUACAGUAUGUUUCCGAGCACAAUUCAUAGUGUUGGUGCUGACCUUUAAAGCCCUAAAUGGCCUUGGCCCUGUAUACCUGAAGGAGCGUCUCUACCCCCAUGGUCCAGCCCUGACACUAAGGUCCUCCUCAAAGACCUUCUGGCGGUUCCCUCACUGCGAGAUGUGAGGUUACAGGGAACCAGGCAGAGGGCCUUCUCAGUGGUGGAGCCCACCCUGUGGAAUGCCCUCCCAUCAGACAUCAAGGAAAUAAACAACUAAGAGACAUCUGAAGGCAGCCCUGUUUAGGGAAGUUUUUAAUGUUUGAUGUUUUAUUGUAUUUUUAAUAUUCCAUUGGGAGCCACCCAGAGUGGCUGGGGAAACCCAGCCAGAUGGGCAGGGUAUAAAUAAAUUAUUAUUAUUAUUAUUAUCAUCAUCAUCAUCAUCAUCAUCAUCAUCAUCAUCAUCAUCAUUAUUAUUAUUAUUAUUAUAUACAUUGUGGGCAGAGCUUUUCCAUGCCAGCAGUUCGUCCAUUCAACUGCAAGCUAUAGAAACCAGCGAUCAAGUGACUUUGCGCAUGUGUGAAUUGACCCACUGCCCUUUAUCUAUUACAAUACUACCCGAUCUUAGCCCAAAGGCUCAGAAGUGAUGAUGGGCACAGCAUGAAUGAGGCGAGAAGAAGAAAAACCAGACUGGUGAGCCUAAGGUGGCCUGAGUCCCAUUCCUGAUUCCACAAUGAGAAUCAUUUACAUCCCUGCUGUUUUUCCACACAGCUACCAGCUUUUCUGCCCUCCCACCUGCCUAGAGCAUAUUGCCCUGCUUCUCAUCAGCACCCCAUAGUGAGUAGUCAGCAGGGGUUGUUUCCACAGCUCUGGAAUAUUAAAACACCAUUGGAUCAGAAUGUAUAUGAAAUGCAAAGUUAUGUUUUCAGGUUUGGAUUGCUUCCCACUGCAGUCGCAGUGGACCUGCGUGUCGACUCAAUUGCUGUCAUUUGCAGUUCCGACAAAUCGCUCUCCAUACCUGCUGUUAGUACCUGUUGCCGCCUGAGACUGGGGACAGUGGGGUGUUUCAGCUUUGGCUGUCUUUAUAUGCUGAUAAGGUUUUUUUGGCUGUGUUUUCUGAGAAAAGGGCUAAAAUAUCAAAGUGGGAGACAGCAUAUGCCUGCACUGCCCAGGGCGGGCGUGCUCCCGAGGGGGGCGGGGCACAGAGGGUGCCCUCCCAGGCACGGGAUAGCCACUUGGGUGCAUAGAGCAGUGCGCGCACCCUGCAGUCAGGGGCGGAGAGAGUGACUGCCAAAUGUCACUCCCCUCAGCAAAGACAUCCGGGGCGGUCUGCCCCCACCACAGCCCCCUUCCUCCGCCGCUGGUGGGAGAUAGUAUUGUUUCUCUUCUGAUGGAAAGUGUGCAUGCAUACAACAAACACAUUUUUAAAAAGUAGUCAUGUUAAACUGUAGCACAAGAACAGGGAAACCACUGUGAUGUUUUAGAAGCUGCCUGGUUUGCUUAACACGAACUCUCUCAGGCAACUAAUGGAACUGUGGAGCGAUCAAGCUAUGCAGGAAGGAGUGGUUGUAGUCUGUUUGAUACUCAACGUGAAAAAGCAACAACAAUGACAACAUUGCUUCUCCCUGUACUGGUCUCCUACUCUGCUUCUGCCAGUCAACAUCCUAUAUAUAUAGUUUUUAUUUUGUUUAUUUAUAUAUAUAGUUUUUAUUACAUUUUCUAAAUUACAUUUCAAAAUAUCCAUUUAAACAAUCUUAAAUCAAUGACUUCCCUUCUUCUCUUUUGGUGGUUCAUUUUGCAUACCAUACAACCCUGCAUAUUUUACAUGAACUAAACCAUUCAAUAAUCCAUUGUAACAUCUAUCAAAACUUAGUUACACUGUUGAAUUUAUCUUAAUGUUACCAGCAUUUUUAAAUGAACACAGUUUUUACCCAUAUAUUCCGUAAACAUUUUCCAGUCUUCUUUAAACGUGCAUUCUUCUUGUUCUCUUAUUCUAUAUGUUAAGUCUGCAAGCAGCGCGUAUUCCAUUAGUUUAAGUUGCCAUUCUUCUUUGACUAGGAUCUCACUCAUUUUCCAUUUUGGGGCUAACAAGACAUGAGCAGCGGUAGUGGCAUACAUAAAUAGUCUUUUUUGACACCUGGAAAUUUCCAUCUGAAUUAUCCCCAGCAAAAAGGACUCUGGUGUUUGUUUGUUUUUUUGGAAAGGUAUUUUAAACAUUUUUUUCAAUUCAUUAUAUAUCAUUUCCCAAUAUUAGAAUAUUUCCGGUCAACAUCCCCUUCUGGAUGUGGUUGUUGUCCUUUAGCCCAGCAGUAGCGGUGGUGAAGUACUUCCGAGAUGUUAUAGGGCAUGCACAUUAAUUUACAGACAUAUUGAAGAGCUCUAUAGAGCAACGGGCAAUGAAGAGCAAUUAGCUAGGGCUGUGCCAAAAAUUUAUUCCCCAUUUUCUUUGGCCAUUCUCCAUCAACUAAUGGGAGAAGAAACUGAAUUCUAGGGCUUAUAUCUAAUGCAGUGUUAAAGAAGCAUCCCAUAAGCACAAGGAUUCCCACUUGCACAAUGGGACUUCCCUCCGUCUCCUCCCCCUGCCCUCCCCAACUCUGCUCCAGAGGUUUAGGGGAACACCCAAAACAGAUUUAGGGAGUGAAUGGGGGGAGGGCAGGAAGGAGGAAAAGGGGGAAGCCUCCUGGUGCAUGUGGGAAUCCUUGUGCUGAUAGGAUGCUAACGUAGAACUGCACUGGAUACAAGCCAACCAUUAUCAAAUAGGAUGGUAAAUUCCAGUGGCGGUCCCAUUCAUAGGGUGUAGGGUAUUUGUUGUGCUUGCCGUGCCUUUCAGGUGACCAAGCAGCUUUAUGAGCAGCAUUUCUUUCAUUCUCCAAAUCUUAUCUCCAGUGCUCUGCAUUCUGCAGCCUUGCCAGGUGCCCACACUUUCUGAAAACCCCAUAACUUCUUCGGAUGGGCUUUCCUUUAAGCAGAGGAAUCCUGGGAGGCUGUCUACCAUGCUCUAGACAGCUGUUCAUUUUAAAAUAUAUCCUUUUUUCAAAGAAAUCAUUGUGGAACUGUUUUUAAUGGUAAAAGGCUCCCCUUAGAAACAAAAUCACUGAGUGCACUGAACUCAGACACGAUAACGAGCCUCCAGGGCUUCCCACACCUUCUUCAAGCUGGAGGAAGCUGUUUAGGCAACUCCUCCCAUUGGGCUUUUUCAGAUCAGGAAGUGUGGGCAGCUAGGGAGACUGCAAAGCAUUGGAGAAAUGUUUAAUGGAAAGCAGAAGGAGGAAACACACCACUCUCGGCUACCUCACAACACAGCAAUAAUGUAAGCUCGGUGCCAAAUAGGGAUAGGUGAACAUAUUAAUUUCAAUUUCUUUUGGUUUCUCAUUUUUUCCAAUCUUCAGUUUGCUACAUUUCCAUGUUAGUCUGCAAGUUGUUGUUGUUGUCAGGGCUGUCUUAAGCAUAUGCAGCACCGGGGUGCAAAGAUCCGCCUGGCGCCCCUCCCCAGGUUGCCCAGUCCCAGGCGUGCAGGAGGGUGGAGCCAGCUGGCCGCCUCAGCGUCUCACUGGCUCAGUCACCCCCAAACUCGCGGCGCUCCAACCGCCGGGUGGGCUCUUCCCCAGACUCCACUCUCGGCCUGACACCCCUGAGAGCCCGGCACCCGGGUACCCCACACCCCUUGCGCCUAUGGGUAAGAUGGCCCUGGUUGUUCUUGUUGUUUUAAAAAAGUUCUCAUGAUGAAAAUUCACCAGAAUUUUCAUGAGUAUUUAUUCUAAUAUAUGCAUUUUUGCAAAGCAAAUUCCCCCAGUAUCAUACAUUGUUCUAUACUGUUUUCACUAACAGAAACAUUUCCCUUAGUGUAUGCAUUUUUGUGCACAAUACUCAGCUGGAGAAUAGCACUGCAAAAUUGUGAAAUGUGCAGGUUUGGAAGGAUGGCUGUAUUUCAGCUGCCAUUCUCUUUUGGAAAGUGUUAAUUAGGCAACUUUACCUUUAAAUGUGAACUGAAUCAAAUUUCUUCUCCAUCCAGUAAAUAAAGAAAAUGGAUCGAAUGUUUCCUAAUAUUGGAGGCGACGUUGUGAUGUUGGACUGGAGGAUAAUUAUUGUAGACUUUUAUAAUUUUAUUUGGAGAAUAUUCCUUGGACUUCUUGAAUUGAAAGAAUUGAAAGAAUUGAAAGAAUUGAAAGAAUUAAUGAUCCAAGUGAUCUCAUGUAGAAUUAAGCACCAGAGCUAGUAUCUUUCUGGUCCUAGUUCAGAAAGUGAGCUGGCUACAUCCACCCCUUUGGAGAAGGUAUUUUAUUUGCUUGUAGGGAAACAAAUGCAUUUCAUUUUGGAUACUUGUGCAUGGAAAUGUUUAGGUUUCUCUCUCGUCAUGCGGCUCUUGGAUGUUCCCAAAGGGAGGCUGUCUAUUCUGCCUAGCUAGGGUGGUUCACGCACCGUCUUGUUGCCAUAAGCUUGGAGCUGCAAGUGGGUGCUCAUUCCCAAGGAGGCUAGAAUUCUGUUCAGUGUUAUGUUACAGCAAAUGUGCUAGACUAGAGUGAAUGGAAGGCACCCUCUCUGCCUCUCAGCUCCACUCCUCCUUGCUGCCAGGGGCUACAAUUCAAAACAGAUGUUCUGUGUUGACAGGAGACCAAACAACCUUCCUGUGUCCUAGAAUGAAAACACAUGGUUGUGAAAUCAGGGUGUUCAGGAUGAUUAGACUAAGUUGGACGGAAACUGAAUUUGCUUGUGAGGGAAGAGAAAAUGCAAGCACACUGUUGACAUCAGUCACAUGAGCACAGUUCUCCUCAGGGGGAAACACUGCUGUUACUGCAACCGAAGUACAGACACUUUCAAAGUGUUUAUACCCAUACACACGUUGAUGAUACAAUUUCUCAUUUUGACUAGGGGACAUACUUUGGUUCAAAUUUUUUCUCACAGAUGGAUGAAACCAAACCAAAAACCCAUCAGAGGACACUUUCUAAAAUGGCUUAGGGAGUUUUGUGGGGUGGGGAGCAUUGUUGCUGUCAUUGUUAUUCAUUUUUUGAAUCUUUAUUUUAGAUCUGAUUUAUGUGGAAACCAUUUAAUGUGUAUUUUUAAAUGUUUUAUUUAUUGUCCAUGACUACUUUUGUUACGUCUGUAAUUAUGUGAUUUUCCUUUACAUGUUGCUAGCCACUUUGAGCGUGGUUUUAGCUUUGGAAAGGCAAACAAAUAAUAUGAUUGAUUGAUACCAGCAAAUUCAGGUUGCACAAUUAGAGUGGAUUUAGUGCUCUUGCACAACAAACCCAUUUCAAAAAAGAGAAGUAUUUCCAGGAAAAUGCACUGUAAAGUAUGAGAUAUCAAUUGCUUAUCAUAACUUUAUACGAUAUAAUCUUCUCACAAUCGAAUCAGAAUUAAUGCUCAAUAAACAGGUUGCCUCGAAGCAAUCAUAGGAAUAUUUUGAGUAGUUUUGAAUUUUUAGAAACAAAUCUACUUAGUUUAAUGACAGCAUUUUGAGAUGCGUGUCUUUGAAUCAGCCUUGUACAUGAGGUUUCAGGCAGAUCUCCCCCCCCCCCCCAAAUCAGGUGUAUUGAGUGAUGUUGGCUUCUAUAUUAUGGUCCCCACAUGAAAGCCACUUUAUGUCCCAAGGCAGUUAUGACAUAAGGGACCAUUUGUGUCUCGUGGUUCAUUGUGCAGAGUGGCCACUUUCUCUUCUUCUUCGUUUUAGCUGCUUGCUGUGACAUUCAAAAUAAUUACUAAGUCUCAAGUGGUGCUACACAUGAACACAUGUGAUAGUGGCCAUCCUGAGGACUGAUUUAAUACAGCCUCCACACUUAAAGUGCAAACUGUGCCCAAGAGUGGUUUCAACAUGAGUGCUAAUAAAGUGCAAAACUGCUGUCAGUCGACAGAUGACUUGUACAACCCAGUGCUCAUAACCCACAGACAUAUCCUGUCCAUCUCUCUAUCAUAUCUAUACAGGCAUAUUCACUUCCUCUUUUUUCCCUUCCCCCAUCUCCUUCUCAACUGCCAAGAAUGAGCCUAUUACCCCUCCCAUGAUCGUUAAUCGUGGGAUCCUCCUAAGGUAGCUGUUAUCUCUUACAGGUAUUUAGGCUGGGAUCCUCCCAAGGUGGUACAGUCAAACCUUGGUUCCCGAACGCCUCCGUUAUCGUAUGUUUCGGCUCCCUAAUGCUGAAAACCCGGAAGUAAAUGCUCUGGUUUUUGAAUGUUUUUCGGAACCUGAACGCUUGGCUUCCACUCAAGUGCAAGAAGCUCUUGCAACCAAUUGGAAGCCAUGCCUCGAUUGUUGAACAUUUCAGAAGUCGAAUGGUCUUCUGGAACGGAUUACAUUCGACAACCGAGGUUUGAUUGUACACCUGUACACUAUCUCUUGUAGAUGUUUAGGCUGGCAAGCAGACAACUUACAUGAUUUAGCAGAAUAAGGCUGUUUAGCAAGAUAAGGCGAACUGCUGCCUAGGAGAGUGGUGAAGGCCUCAUAUCAGCGAAGGAGCAAUUGUGACAGACCACUAUGCCUCAGUGCACAAUAUACAUUCUGCUGCGUUUCCCAUACACCCUUGCAAUACGAAUUUUGUCUGCAUCUUAACACAGCACUGAAUUGCCAUCACCACAAGUGGUAGCAUGUGCAGCCAUGGGCAUUCAACUCCCCCUUCCCUGCUUAAAUGGCUUUAGGAUGUCUCACGCAUCAGGCAGUUUCCCUGAGCAGGUAAGCACUGUGACAGUGUUUCGGAACCGCUGUUAACAAAGCAGAAUCUAAGCACAGCUACACAUUUUAAGAAGGCACAAGCUUACUGCUGGUGUUCCCCACAACAGAUGCAUACAUAAAGUGUUAGUGACAGAUACUCUUCCUUAAUGUGUCAUAGGGCUGUACCUAAUCAGGGCUCCCAGACCAGUGUAUAUGGGUAAAGGAGCAAACGUGCCUGUUUUCCAACACUGUGCAUUUUCGACAGGAAACCACAGCCUAUCUGCAGCAAACACAAUUGCUGAUAAUGUACCAAUCCACUGUCAUUUGGUGGAUGACUUGUGGAACCCACCAGCCAUAAGCCACUAAUGUAUCCUGUCCAGCUCACUAUCAUGCUUGUACAGGUGCACUCACUUCCUCUCUUUUCCUUUCCCCAUCUCUUGCUCAACCAACUCUUGCACAAAGCAAUCCCAAAGCAGAAGCUGUUGCUUUGGCUGGGGGUUGGGUGGAAACCCUCCACAGUGGCUGCCUGCCAGGAAUGCUUCCACACUGCUGUACUUCUCUGUCAGGAAACCCCCUUGAGCAAAAUGUUGCCCUUAUUCCUUAGAAAUGCCUCUCCUGUCCAAUGUGGCCAAGGAAAUAUGGUAAGGCUACACCGAAAGCACGUUGGAGGCAGAUUAACGGCAGUCAAAAGGCCAUUUCUGAUGUGUUCAGGGACAGACGUUUCCCAGUGAUCACAUGGGUACCUCUAUAUAAAAAAGUUACAUGUAGACUAACAUUACAGUAUAAUAUCAUAAAUAGGAUCUGUCAGGUUCUGUUCCUGGAUUUAGCUCUGGAAAACUUUAACGGGUGAUUAAGCACGCUAUAAUGGAACUCCUUGCGGGCACUGACAAUAUCAUUUUCAAAAAUGUAUCAGUAAGCACAUUUGAAUUUUACCAAAUUGCUUCCGCCACUAUGCCUCAGUUGAGGCAAUAAGAAAACAACAUUGUUUCCUACUCAGUCCCCCCUUUCUCUCUCUCUAAUAUUAUCAAAUGUCUUUUUUUAAAAAAGGUUUUAUUCAUACUUUUCAAGUUUAUACAUUUCAUUAGUUUCAUUAGUUUUACAAUCAAUUUAACAUCUCAAAAUUUGACUUCCUUCCCUCUCUUUCUGCGGUUAAAUUUAUUUUUAAAAAUAUCUUCUGAAUAUCCAAAUUCAUUUAACUUGCUCAUUUAAUUAUCUACUAUAAAUAUAUACUCUUAUGAAACUGCAGGUUGUUACAAUAAUCCUGCUAAUGUUUUUAUCUGUUUACAAUUUAUCUGUAAAUAUUAAACAAACAAAUAUUAUAUAAACCAUUUCCAUUGUUUUAUAAAAAGUUUGUUAUCUUGAUUUCUUAUUCUUCCGGUAAGUUUUACCAUCUCUGCAUAUUCCAUAAGUUUUUGUAUCCAUUCUUCCUUUACUGGGACUUCGGCUUCUUUCCACUUUGGGACAAGUUUCCUACUCAGUCUCAGCUAUGCAGAGCAUGCCAUCAACAGCCUCAGAAACAAUCCUGACAUCAUAAUUAAAGAAGCCAAAAAAGGGGAGAGGCUGUUAUAAACAAGUGUCUACAUAUGAGUGUCUGAGAAGUUACUCUCCAACAGCACAUCUUAUAGUCCCCUUGUCCUCAUACCCAGAUGAGGAAUACCAGAAGGACCUACAUAACUUGAUGGAGGAAUUUCCUGCAGAUGUGCAGGAGGCCUAAGUCUGCAUAGAUAAGAUACAUCCUUGGAAACUCAGUGAAGGGUUUUCUAUCUGUUACUGAAAGUGCACAAGGCAAUCCCAGAUGCCCUACAGUUUGGGGCAUCAGUACUAUCACAAUUGGGGUACCUGGGUGUUAUGUACUGAAGUUCUCACCCUGGGCCAGCAGGGGAUAUUGUAGAUAGUUAUGCAAAUGAAGGAUCGAAAGUGACGUUCAGUGAUUGGAUAGUUUGUAUGCAAAUGAAGGAUCGAAAGUGACGUUCAGUGAUUGGAUAGUUUUAGAAAAUGGCAACAGUUACAUUGUUCUGGAGCUCUAUAUAAGCAGGCUGACGGAGCUCCUCAGUUAGUUCUGUUCCAGCUUACAAAUAAAGAGCUGCUUUGGAAGAAUCGCUGUGUCGUCUGAUAUGUUCACCCACAACUUAACACUGGGUAUGUAGACUUUAUUCUCUGAUCAAAUACCAUCAAUACUCCUAGAGUGAGAUCCUAGCCCUACUUGUGAGCUUUGCAUAGAGAAAUGUUUGACCAUUGUGAGAACAAGAUGCUGGACUAGAUGUGACCAGCCGGGCUCUUCUUAGGUUCUUAGGAAAGUGUAUUUGCUGGAUGUGCCUCCAGCUACAAUCUUAUAUACAGUGGUACCAUGGUAGUCAAACGGCUUGACUCCUAAAUAAAUUGGCUCCCAAACACCGCAAACCUGGAAGUUAGUGUUCCGGUUUGCAAAUGUUUUUUGGAAGCCAAAUGUCUGAUGCAGCACCCGUGGCUUCCAAUUGAGUGCAGGAGGCUCCAGCAGCCAAUCGGAAGCUGUGCCUUGGUUUUUGAACCGUUUCGAGAGUCAAACAGACUCCUGGAACGGAUUAAAUUCAAGAACCAAGGUAUCACUGUACUCUUAUGUCACAUUGUGAUGAGUGGGACUUACUGUUGUGUAACCAUGCAUAUGAUUGCACCCGAUUCCCUGUUUCCAAUAUAGAACUUCUACCUCAACACAAGGUGUGAAUCUACAUGACUUGCCCACUCUAACAGCACUAUAAUUUUCCAUCAUUUCAAUGAGAAAACAUUCUGAGCACAAUAACCAGAACACAAUAAAACAUAAAAUUAAUAGUGAAAACAAGAAAAUCAGGAAGCAAUUAAUGCCAAAUGGUUACCUUCAGAGCGCCCUAUGAUAGAAAUAUUCUUCACUGUAGACAAAAGCUUGGCAGGGAUCAAUAUAAAAUUGAUGUAUGAAUGGGGGUGGGGAGUAAUAAACUUACCUACCUCUCCAGAAAAAUGCCUAUUUAAGGCAAUACGAUUAAAUUGGGAGAUUAGUAGUACUGGUGCCAUGCCAGAAAAAUGAUAGGGUAUCUUUCAUGCAAUCUUUCAGGAUUUUUUUUUAACCCUUUUACUUCUGAAAAAUAAACAGUGCUUCUGGUCAAGGCUUAAUUGGCACUGUUAAAGCAAUUCUAGCAUGAGUAUUCACAACAUUCUCUAAUAUCAGCCCAAGUAGUUCCUAAUUUACUAUAACAAUGAAGAGAAAAGUCAGAUAUAUAUAUAUAUAUAUGCAUAAAAGAAAGGAAGGGCAAUUAAUGAUCCAAGUUUAAAGCGCUGGCACAAAGGCAGCAUUACUAUAAAGGUUUUUAGUAGGAGAAAUCUGGAAAGAGUGAAAUUUGAGCAAGAGAUCAGUUCAUCGUUGUUGCUUAAAUUGAAUUUCUAUUGGACCUUGUGCAUGGCCUAUAUCUGCCUGCAUUGCAAAUGAGAUUUGAAGUGGUUUGGCAAUGCAAGGAAGACCCCUGUCAAUGCUGAAUUCCCCCAUGCCACAUGUAGAGAGGCAAGUCCACUAAGGAGAAGAGAGCACUGUAAUAUCAGCCUCAGUCUGCCUUCAGUAAGGAAGAGGGGGAAUUAGUUGCCUCUGCCUGCAUUUGACUUCUGGCUUCACCUACUGUUUUUGGCCCAAGCAGUCCCAAUAGCCAACAGCCACAACUGCAUACCGGUGGUGAAGGCUGGCCCAUCAAGGCAAAUGAGACAGUGCUCCACUAACCAACGUGCUGCCAUCUGCCUUAUUGCAGGGCGGAUAUGAGGGUAAACCAUACGCGGAACGAGUCUGCCCCUGCGGCUUGAUGGAGGUAGAAACUGUCUCUCAUGCCUUGUUAUGCUGCCGUUUCUAUGGGGAUAUACGCACGGCAUUUAUUACCCCUGCUAUGCAAAAAUCUCCAAAUUAAUCCGAACUUCAAUGUCUAAAAUUCCUCGUAGAGGACAAGAAUCCUGAGAUCACGUUAAGGGUAGCCAAAUUCUGUGCGAUUGCCAUAAAACUUAAGGAACAAGCUGUACUAUCAUAAUGAUUAAGGUUUUAAAUGAUAAUGUUAGGUUAUAUGUUAGUGACUAAGUUUUAAUUUAUAUACUUUUUAACUGUUGCUAUAUCUGUAUUGUCCCUGUUAUACCUAAUUGCAAAUUCAAAUGUAUCCCCAUCAUGUUUUAUGACUUACCUGUGUUCUGCCCUAUUGGCCUCAAUGGGCACCAGGUACCACUGCAUAGCUCGUUUCUCUCAAUAUGAAGAGAUAUUGGGUCAUACUACUACUUCUGUUGUUAACAACUGUAGCAGAGCUAAUAGUACAGACUUCAAUAAAGAGUCACUGGGGGUUUGGGGGCUAAAAAGUGUUUAAAGAGAGGGAAUGAAUUUUAGCACUUCAUUCACAACACCAAUAUAUUUUAGACUGCCAUGCAAUCUUUUGACAAAUUGUGGUAUGGAUUUUUUUUAAUUAAAAAAUAUAAUUAUCAACAGCUUCUAGGAAAGGAAGGAACUUCUGCCAUCUUUCCGGUUCAAUGAGUGCUCAAUUGCCUAGGGCUGCCUGUUCUGCCACUUUCCUCAACUUUUGUCCAUUAGUCUCAGAGCACUAGAAGAAAGUGGCCAAUGAUUGCAUUAAUGGGUCUCCCAUUAUUUAUUAAAACUCGGCACCACCAGUCGUCAUUUGACUGAGCUGGGAUUGGUACAAUUAGGCAGAAUUACUCUGGUGAGAUGAGACAUUUCAAUAGAUUUUACAGUUCUGUUUCUGGAGGCUCUUGUUACUAUUAUCUGAGGUCAGGUCAUCAACCGCAGAUGGAAAAGCACAUUUGGAAAAGCAACAGGGAAAUUCCUACACGGUUUCUGCCCUCUGCUGGUCAGUGCCAAAGAAAAAACAUGGUUGUUCCAAUACUGUACAUGUAUUAGACAUAUCAUAGUGCAUUUGUCUACCCCAGUCAUCUAGUCAUAGACUCCUGAAGGGCGAGGGUUGUAGAAGGAACCCCAGCCAGGUGAAGCAGCUUGUGACGUAUGCUCAGGACGACCCAGGAUUGAAUCUAAGUUAUUACCUCGAAUUAGGAAAAGUGGUUAGGUCCUUUCAACAAUCAGGCAUACCUGACCCAAUCAGGAGUGCUGCAUGGAUCAAAAGCCUGGCUCCUGCAUGGACCAACAAACCUUUUUGGCCCACUGCUGGCAACCAUGUGACCACCCCUUCCUAUUUUACCUGAUGGGCUGAGCAGAUCUCAUUGUCCUCUUCCCUCAUCAUCUCAGCCUCUCUUCUUCACCAGCUGACUGCAUUCUACAUUCUGCAAGGCUUGCCCCAUCACAUACCAGGGAACCUGCAUUGGAUAGAGCAUACAUUGGAUAUGAUGGCUGUCCCGUGAUGCAGAGGCAGCAUAUCUCCACUCCUGGCAUGAUGUAAGUAAAGGAUUGCUCAGUAAUCUUUUGUUAAAGCACUUGGACUUUACCAACGGUUUUCUGACUGCUGAAGUACACCAGACUUGCUAAUGUUGCCCCUGAUAGUAUUCUCUGCUCUUUCCAUUUCUCAGUACCUGUGGGACGGCUCCUCUCAGAAAGACCUACCACAACAAAAACAACACAACGUGACACUGGACUGAAAAUAUUUUUUAAUGUGAUUUUGACAAAGGUUAUCUUAGAUAAAUAUUUUUUAUAAUACUAAUUUGCAAUUGUAUAAAACGUUGCAUUAUUACCUUCCUUGUGAAUGUAAAGAAACUUACUCUAGAAGCAUUUUUAGUGAUAAAAUGGUCAUUUUGCAUCUCUCAAGACUUUAGGUACAUUUGAAUGCUAAACUUAAAAAAAAAAGAAAUGGGGGCAAGGAAAAUGGUUGAGACUUUGACAGAUCCAGCAUAGUAUUCAGUAAUGCUGUAUACAGUAAUACUGUAUUCAGAAGUGAUGCUGAAAAACAGUUUACAGCUGAUGACAAUCUGGUCUAAAUCCCAUUAAGAUCAAAGCUAGUUGUGUAUGCUUUUCUGCUAUGUCAUCCUUCUCCAAACCCAGUAAAGCUGCUCAAAAUAGAAGUUAAUGGAGGCUCUGUCAAUGUGAUUUGAAAAUAGAUUCAUGCUAACCAUUAAUUCGUUUCUAUGACACCCAGUCUAACUGAGUAUGUUCUUCUGCCUGUCUCCCACACAGAUUCGUAAAUCUUUAUCCACAUGAAAGUAACCUAUAUUGAAAUAUGAAGUUAUUGGCUCUAUUGUCUAAGAUUAAUACAUAUCAGACUAAUUCAGUGUAAUAUUUCAGUGUAAACUUUGUAGCCCAAUUCACUAUACAGCUAAGCUAAACAUUCUUGCAUUUAGCCCCCAAAAGACAUUCACAUCCAAUUUCUACAUUGGGUGAAAUUUCUAUGUUUGGAUGGAAAUUUCUCAUGGAUUUCACUUGGAUGUUUCCCCUCCAUAUGAGCAGAUCGGUAUAACCGGUAAACAGAUGUCACCGUUCACCAAUCACAGCCACAGACAUCAGACAUAUGAGGCUACAAUACAAAUACCAGUUAAUACUGGACUAGACAAUUUAACACCGUUAUUAAACAGUGCAGGGGCUAGAACAGAAUUGGGGAACCUCUGGCCUAGGGGCCAAAUUAAGCCUUUCAGGCCUCUCUGUCUCAAGGCUACAGCCUGUUUCCCUGCCCCCCAUUUCAUCCCAGCAAGCUAGGAGCAUUGAUGGACAAAAUCCACCCAGGCAAAAGCAUUUGAUGAGGGCAUAGUGGCUCAGGAGGCACAAGGGACCAGGACCUCUCCCAUAACACCAGUAGUAGAGACUCCCAUUACGGUCCCUGUCAAUCCUGCAGUCCCUCCUGUUCCUCCAUCUGCAGGCAGGGGGACUAAAAUGCAUAGCAAACACAAGGCUAGGGGGCAUAACAGGAGGUGCAAUAUGUCCCCAUCACUAUCACCCUCACCCACCACCUCUUCCCAUUCAUCUGCCAGGGGGCAGAAGAAGGGGUCACACUAAGAAGUGUAAAUACAAUACCAAGAGCAGACAUGGCCAGAAGCUUAAUCUAGUCUGGAAGUAAAAAAUAGCAUGGAUAGCUGAUGCUAGGUCCACCUUUUCUGAGAGGCUGCAACUUGUGAAUCUACUGAAAUGAUAAAAGGUACCCUGGCAACUGUCUCCACCUGGGCAUGCAGGGAAAGCAUUGGGUUGAAGAGUACAGUGGUACCUCGGGUUAAGAACGUAAUUCGUUCCGGAGGUCCGUUCUUAACCUGAAACUGUUCUUAUCCUGAAGCACCACUUUAGCUAAUGGGGCCUCCUGCUGCUGCUGCACGAUUUCUGUUCUCAUCCUGAAGCAAAGUUCUUAACCCGAGGUACUAUUUCUGGGUUAGCGGAGUCUGCAACCUGAAGCGCCUGUAACCUGAAGCGUCUGUAACCCGAGGUACCACUGUAUUCCCAAGCGGUAUGCCACUCUUUCAGUGAGUGUACAGACCCAUGGAGGGUAAGAUUACCGUAAUAUCCUUUUCUAGAUCACCAGAAUUUAGGGCUGCCAAUGUAAAACAGGACAAGGCUUCUGUACCUUGAAUAGUUCUGUACAAGAGGGACUUUCAGCAGCUCUGAUCUUGCAUGGCAGGCUACACCUGCUAUAAUUAUUUACACAACUACUAGAGGUGCAAGAGCCCUGCCCUCUUUUGCGCCUGCUCUUGCUACCAGAAUGACUGAUUAACAAUACCUCCACCUUAAGUUUUAGCUUAUUUACUCCCAUCCCCUCCUGAACACCAGAUGCCGAUUCAUCACUUGCACUUAGCUGCUUAGUAAGGACGGAUCAAUUUGUCAAUUACAAUCUUUGUUUUUGUUUUUUUCAGAUCCUAAGUCAAUUUGCCACAUCUCAGAAUUACUGUAUUUUCUGAUAUUUUUACAGUCCUCCUGAAAAUUCUUCAGCAUUAGAGUAUUGGGAAUGUAUAAGUGAUAAUGAAAUAACGUUAGUGGCAUUUAAAGAAGCUCUGUAAAAACCUAAGAAAUAUUGCAAAAAAGAAAAACAGAUGUGGAAGGGUAUGUUAAAAGGCAAUAGCAAAUUUAGGAAAUGUGUAAUUAAAAAGUUUAAUUCGGAUGAUUGUCAGAGAGGCUGAAGGAAGUCCAAAAAUGAGAAAAUUUGUUAAAGUUGUAAUGUGGUGUGAUAUGUAUUUUUCUUGAUGAAAACCAAUAAAAAAUAUUAUUAAAAAAGAAAGAAAAUUCUUCAGCAUUUUAGUCCAGGUUUCUCCUAAUAUACACAUUUUGUACAUAUGCAAUUUUGCCUUUUGCAAGCAAUUUCCCCAUAUAUAAUGCUCUUUUUUGUAUGUUAUUUUGCUUAUGCAGUUUAUGUAAUCCCCCCCCCACGUACACAAUUUCAUAUGCAUUUUUGGAUAGGAGAACUGGAGCACAAAAUGUGAAGAAGUGGCAAUUAGAAAGAAUAAUAAGAAAUUCAAAUAAUUGGAAUGCUUUAAAUCUUUUAAAAUCAUGUAAGUUGGUGGUAAUCGCCACAUCUUGUGACAAUGAAUUCUAGAAAUUAAUUUGGUAUUGUGUGAAGUACUUCCUUCUGUAUUUUGAGGAAGAUCAUCUCGGAGCCUGAUGCAACUGAACUCUCCCUCUCCUCAACCUGGG